ACCCGCGUGCCACUCGCCGACGACGACAACGCGCGCGCUCGCCGCGUCACACGAUAAUAUUAUUUAACAAAUUAACGAAACAAUUACCAUUACAUAUAUAUCAUUAUUGUAAACUGUGUGUGUGUGUGUGUGUGUGUUACAAUUUUAUGCGUUAUUAUUUGCAAUACAUUAACUGAACAGCGUUGCUAUUAUUGCUGUUGUUAUCAUCGUCAAUCGUGUCGAAAACACGUUUUUCGACUGGCACGCAGCAGGUACAAUACGCUGUCGCCGUCACUGUUUACUAUAAUAUAAUUGGUAUAAUAGUAAAUAUCAAUAUUUAUACCUUUACCCAUAUUUAUAAUCCGCGCCCGAGCACCGAGUCUGUAUUAUUUAUCUGUCCGCAGUCGACGACGCGGUAAAUUUUUUUUCUACGUUACGCUCGCAGUGCUGUGAAUUAAUAAUAACAAUUAUUAAUUUAGUAAUAUUAUCUUCGACAGACGAUGUGAAAAAAAAAAAUAUUAUAAAUCUCACCAUUAUUGUUAUUAUUAUUAUAAUUGUUAUCAUCGUUAUAACCACUGCACUUUGUGUAUCUAUAGUUUACCUAUAGCGCGUCGCCCGUUACUGACGGAGCCCGACGACGACGACGACUACGACGACUUCGACGAUCGGAGAGACCAUUCGCUCCGGAUAGAGAGAAAGAGAGAGAAAGAGAAAUAUAGCGACCGUUUCACAUGAUCACGGGACUGGUUACGGCCGACGGGAACGAACGGUACACUUGGAUCGACCAAGACACCCUGCAGGUGAGUGGACCGGCUUAGAUUACGGGUUAGGUGGUUAGGUUAGGUUAGUGUAAUACGCUGGUAGCGAUAAUGUUACGUAAGCAUAGUAUGGUAUGAUUCCGGUACAACAUGCGCAUUAUAGUCAUAGCACGUCAUAGCCUCUUGGCAAUGUUUGCCUGGACGACCCUCGUAGUAUAAUUUUUCGUCCCUUAUACAGCAUACCGACUACUUUUUUCUUUUUUUUCUAUCAAUAUUCGACCUUUACCUCCGCGUACAGGUAACCGUAACCGUGUUUACGUUACGGUAUAAUUUAAAUGUUCGGAGUGAAUUCACCUCGGGUAUAUCGAUUUAGUAAUAUUAUGAGGUCCCCAAGGUUAAGUCUGCACGAUAAUAAUAUUCAAUGAGUAUUCUUCCGCGUCCACUGACACGCUAUCGUCAUAGGUAUCUGCAACAACGCGACCUUUCGUAAAUCGCAGCCGACGGUAUCCCAUAGUCGUGUUGACGGAUUGAGUUUUUACAAUAGUAAUAACGUUAUUGUUUAGUGUUUACGAGGUACCACGUGCACCGUGAACUGCAGGUUUUUUCGUUUUACCGAACGGGGGUUUCCCGCCAAAACUCCCAUCGAUAUAUCUUCGGUGCCAGGGAAAAUGGGUUUAAAUUUAAAGUUUAUUUUUGGCAUUUAUUUUUUUUUCUGAUAAAUUUCUCUUAUAUAAUUUUUUCCCUUUUACUUUUUGGUCUAAGUAAAAUGGCCAAUAUAAACGUACCUAGGUACAUUCUUGUAAAAUAAUAUUUUAAAUGUUUUUACUGAAAAUCAAGUCGCUACGAUGUACUUUUUGCCUUGUCAAAAAAAAGCAUAAGCCAUCAUAUUUAUUACGUAGCAAUUUAGCCGUUUAGCAAUAGUUGUGGUAUUUAACGAAUCUCAAAAUUUAAUUAGCGUAUAUUUAAAACUGUACAAAGUUGUCCUAUGUUUGUAACUGGCGAUUAUCAUAUGCGAUAUGAGCAUCGUUUGUUUACCCGCCUCAAAAAUUCGUACAUCAUUUGCGCAUCAAUGGCAGCGUACCUAUUGUUUGCACACCGACAGUCGUUGAUACAACUCAUAUUUUUUAAUAAGAAAUUCUUUCUAUAAGUAAUAUCCUUAUUUAAAAAAAAAAUUUUCUUUACAAUCGAUAAAUUAAGAAAUUAUUAAUAUUGGAUAUUAAGUUAAAAGUCAGAAAACAAAUUUCGAUUUUGGGUACUCGUCAUCCUCUUCAGCCCUUCUAUUGUUAACAAUUUUGAUAUGCAAAUAACGUAUGACAUACCCAACAAAUUAACGGUGUGCAAAUGUCUCAUGAAAAAGGUCGAAAAGAACAACAGUGAUGCGCAAAUCAUAUACGCUCGUUGGUAACAAAUAAUUUUACCAGAAUGUUUUCUCUAGUAUCAUUAUUUUAUUAUCUUUAGAACCAUAAUAAUAUUAUAUUAUAAUUAUCAUUGUUUAUUUUCAUUAUAAUGACCCCAUGUCCCGGUAUCCGCCAAUAAAGAUAACAUCGUUAUAGUGUUGUUUCGGUUUUUCCCGGCGUCAUUUCGAUUCAUAAUUUUUUAUCGUAAUGUUUUCAGCAUUAAGUAUCUAAACCUUCUUACCUAUCUACUUAGACAAUAUUCCAAGGUCAUAAAGAAUUUUUAAUGCUAUUUAAUAUUAAAAAAACUUUGUUUUUGAAUUGAAAAUAUUGUAUUUUUUGCUCGUCCAGGAAAUUAAAUACUAGUCAAAACCUAAGUACAUUUUAAUCAUUUUUGAGUAUAAUAUGAUUGAAUACCAAUUUAUCACCGUAUAGGUAUUUUCUAUAUAUUAACACCUUUUCUAUCAGAAAUCUUACUUUAUUUUUUUUUUUCCAAUUAACCGACAGCACUGGGAGAUCAGUUUUUCACAUUGUUACCCCAUUAUUGCCAUCGUUUAUUAGUAAGUAUAGUUAAGUAAAUGUUUUAUAAAAUCUUGUUUUCCUCUUCGUGGGGUAGGCUCACAUUAUUAACUGCAUAGUUAAUUAAACUACAGCGAGAGGUGAGCGGCAGGACCGCGUUAUCUCCUAACAGUGUGUUAGCUUAACCUAACCUGUACAUGACCUUGAGCCGGUGGCUGGGUCUUGUUGCGUGUAGACUUUAGUGUCUAAGACUGAUGAGGCGGCUGUUUCUAUGGCAUCUGGUUGGCUCUUACCUCAGCAUCCCUUAACCUCUUGGUCUUGCUCCUUUCGGCUCAGUAUGUCCUUUACCAUGCGGUAGGACUGUGAGCCCCAAAAGGAGGCUGCCUCGAUUUAAUUGUAUGUAGCCCGCUCAGAAUCCCGGGAUGGGAUGUACUUCCUGGCCGCAGAGCAGAUUUUAAACAUCGCUGGGAGUUAUGUUUCUUUCGCCAACAUAUGCUCUGACGUCUUGCCGGUAGAGUUUCCAGUGAGGGCAUGCGAAAAGCGUGUGCUCAACGGUGUCUUCUGGGUGUCGGCACUCCACGUCUGGGGCUCAUCCCAUCCGGCAGAGGUAGUGCCUGAAACACCCGUGACCCGUUAAGGCCUGCGUGACUUGGAAUGAGAGGUCCUUAGGGCGUCUCAGAAUCCAUCUUGUCAGGAACAGGAGAACUCGGCGUUUCCAAGACGCCUUGAUCAUACGAUUCCACCUGUUGGACCACGCGUUGAUGACGAUGUCGCGCUCUGCUCGUCGAGGACCCGUUUCUGUCCGAUCGGAAAUCUUACUUCGAUUUUUAAAUGUAGCAUCUUCUCUGAAACCAAAUUUUAUCUAGUUUGUGCAUGUUUUAAUUUUUUUUUUUAUAAUUGAGAAAAACAUAAGAAAAUCGGAAAAUUUUAUGGCGAUUCAAUAUUUUCGUUUAUUUUUUUUUGUAAUUUCGUUAAAAAUAAUUGUAAGGACUUAAAAUUUUCAUUGAAUACUUAUAUAGUUUUUAUUACGCGAUAAAAUAGUCAAAAUAUUCUGAAGAUCUUUAAGCUAUUUAUAGACAUUUGACAUUUUCUAGUUUUUAUUCGGUAUAAUGUGGAUAAAAUCAUUUUGACCGAGUAGAAAUGCUUGUAAAUAUUACACGAGGUUAAUCAUAAGUUGUAUUGGUGGUAUAAAUUUGAACGUAAUGUUAUAGUAUUUUUUAUAAGCAUUUUAAGUUCAUAUUUUAACGAAGAUGUAGCUUUUUAAAAGGUAUUAUUUUUCAAAAGUAAACAUUUUGUACUUCCUUAGUUCCUUCAUGUUUUACUAUUGGAAAAAAGCUCAAUAUUUUUUCCUUCUUAAAAAUAUCAAACAAAAAAAACAAUUUUUACCAUAAGGAUCAGAAUAAAAAAAUUUUCUUUACGGAUAUAUUACGGAAAUAUAUUGUGUAUCAAAAUAUAGUAUUGCAAUUAUUAUUGUAAAUAUAAUUUUUUACAAAUUAUGAUUUAUAGGGUAGUGGGUUUCCUAUUGUGUUCUACAGCUUUUAUAGCUCUGUUAAUAUUUAAUUUUCUUUCGUAUAUUUCUUCUUUUCAUAAAUUAUAAAAAAGUAUAUUUUUUCUACCAUCCUUUAAUCACUAGAAAAAAAUCACUAAGUUUGUUCACUUUUCGAAAUUUUCAAUAUAGCCGAUUUAUAAUAUAAAUUAUUUUCAACAAUUUUAAUCUAACAUAUAAUACAUAAAUCCGAUGGAUGAUUAGUUUCUCAGUAAUAAUUGCUCUAAAGAUGGGAUGUGAAAAAUUAUAUUUAAUAAACCAUCAUAUUACUCGAUAGGAAACACAAUUUUAAUAACGUCAACUGAUAUCUAUUUUUACAGUAAGCUGGUUUCGUUUUAUUAUUUACCUUAUACAAAUGAUUUAUUUUCUUCGAAAUUGAAAAUUUUAGAAAUUAAAACGUUUAUUAAUUUUUUUAAGGAACUAUUGAUUGGAUAUGAAUGUAUGAAAGUUGAAAGUUUUAGAAUUUAUUUUAUAAAAUGGCUGUUUUGAACUUUUUGAAUAGUGAAGUUAUUUUUUUUUUUUUCUUAGUGAUUAGGGCGUAAAAAUAAAAUUUAAAUUUUUUUCUGAAUGACUGAUAGACUGUAUAACCAGAUUAAAAAAUUAAAAAAAUUAAAAAUAGAAUAAAAUAUUAAAGAAAUAUCGGAGAAAAAACUUCAUAGAUUACGGUGUCCAUAGACACCUUGUAUAUAAAAAAAUAUGCAUUUCAUUUCAAAUACUACUUCGAGAAUAAUUUUUUUAUACUAUCGGUUUUUUUUUUUUUUUUUGAUAAAUGAAGAUAUUAUGUAGUAUUAGUCAUUAUCUGUGAUAUUGUUUUUACCAAAAAAAUAUUCGAUGAAUGCAACGUAUGCAUAAUGAAACGUGAAGCUAUACAGUUUCCUUGAUACUAUAUUAAAGAAACAUGAGUUUAACCAAAAAGAAUCCGGUAAAUAAAACGGUUUUCAAUUAAUUAAAAAAAAAAAAAAACUUACCGAAAUAAUAUUAAUAAAAGUAAUUAAAAAUUAACAUAUUGGAUAUUAUUUGUUUGCUAAAUAUUCUAAUAAAUUCCCUGGGCUGACAACAGGUACAUACCACCACUAUAGAUUACGACAUACAUAUUACAUACGAUGAAAUUGACAAUAUUGAGUUAUUUAACAUAACACAUAUAAUAUUCGCAUAAGAUUAAAACUUCAAAAAGCUAGGAUUACGAAACUAAGUCAGUCCGUUCAAUUCUGACUUCAUCAUCGUUCUUGAAUCGGCAAUAGGUAUAUAUAUGAUCGGAACAAAAAAAAUUGAAAAAUUCACAUGGAACUAGAUUUGUUCCACAUAAUUUUUUACUCGUACGAUUUUCGUCAAAAUUUGAUAUUAAAAUUCAUUUUUAAAAAAAAAAAAAAUGCAAUAAAAAGCUCAACGUUUUUGUUUUUUCGACCUUAAAGUACGAAAUUUAAGGAAUCGUCUGUUAAAGUUUUAAGCAUUUCUGUUUAGUUUAACAAUUUUAUUCACAGAGCACCUACCAAAUAAAAAUUACGUUAAAGACUCGCAACAUUUAAAUAUCUAUAAUUAGCUUAAAAAUGGACCAUAUGUUUUAAAAUGUUACCACGUCUAGAAAAAGUAAAUAUAAAUUUUCUAUCAACAUUUCAAGUCUUUACGAAUAUUUUAAACUAAAUUAAAUAUAAAAAACGAUUGAAAAUAAUAAUAGAAUUAUUUUUGUACAUUUUCCCGUACUUUCUGCACAAUUUUUCGGUUUUGCUAAAUUAUUAAAAACUACAAAGAAAAUCAAAAAAAUGCUUUUUUGUUUACCGAUUAGAUUAAAAAUUCAACAAAAAAAAUCUCUUGAAGUUUUUUAAUAUACUCUGGAACCAGUUUUUUGGUAAAAAAGUUGUUCAUAGAUACAAAAAAUAAAAAUAAAAACACACACGUCAUAGUAAAACCAAUAGAUCACUCUGCUACGCUCCGAAUCUAUAACGUACACAUAUAACAUGUCUAUAAAUAGCUUAAAAAUCACCUCUAGAAAAAGCUUAUAUUUUUUUUUGUUAAAAUUUUAGCUGUUUACGAUCAUUUGUCGUUUUUCGAAUGGACCAAUAUUUCGGGUAGAAAACAUAAACUGCACAAAUUUAAAAUAUAAUAAAAUUAUAACACCGUAAAUUUGUUUUUUCUCAGUUUUUCCUAAUCAUUAAAAAAACUGACUGAUUAAUAAAAAAAUCCAAAGUACAACAAAAAAGGUCUCUUGGUAAUUUUUGAUUUAAGCAAAUUUUCUGGUAGUUAAGUUUCUGUCAGACUAAAAGACGAACAUAUUUUGCAUGAUGGGUAGGCCACUGUUGUGAGUUAUUGGGAAGGUAGGAUUUAGAGGGGAAUUUAAUGUAUAUCUAUACACAGAAAUUAUUCUUUGCUAACGAAAAACGAUCUAAUUAGAUUUCUGUGACACGUGUUUAAAAGGCAGUAAUAUUUACGAUUUUCGUUAAAAAUUUUUAUUAAAAUUCUUAUAAAAAAAAUUCUACCUUGCAUUAAUUUUUUUGUUUUUUUUUACUAUAAAGUACGAUUUUUAAUAUGAAACUCUGUUAAAUAUUCAAGAAUUUCUGUUUGGUCUAAUAAUUUUAUCCAUAAAGUGCCUAUCUUGAAAAAAAAUAACGUAAAAUUUUCGCAAAAUUAAAAUAUCUAUAAAUAGAUUAAAAUGGCUAAAAUAUUUGGAAAAUUUAACACGUCUAGAAAAGACAAAUUUAAUUUGCUGUCUAAAUAUCAAGUCUACGAAUACUUGAUUAAUUGAAACACAACAAAAAACAAAAAUGAAAAUAAUAUAUUUCUUAUAUUUUCCCGUUUUUAUACAUUUCUUCCCGGUUUUUCCCAAUCAUUAUGAUAACAGUUUGGAAAAUCAAAAGAUGACCAACCUAAAGUACCGUCCAUAUAAAAUUUCCAUUCAGAAAGGGAACUACACUUGAUAUGUAGGGGCAAAAUAUUUGUCAGAGAAGUUGUGUGUAUAUUAAAAAAAAAAAAAAUUAAAAUCACCGUAAAACCAAUAUACAUUCCUCGCUUCUCUCAAAUUUAAAAUUCAUGAUGGUAAAUAAAAUAUAUCGUAUAAUUUAAAAAAAUUAAUUUAUCCGGGUCAAUUUUUUUCCUUUUACAUAACUAAAGGAAUACCUUUUGAGGUACAUAAGUUCACAAUUAUUUAUAGAUGUAAUAUAUUUCAAACUAUCAGAUAACGCGCGGCGGUGUGAUUCAAAGUUUGAUUGAGAAAUCAAUGUUAUUGAUAAUAAUGUUCGAAGUCACCACGCACUAACGAAAUGAUAAAUUAUUCUAUAAUACGUGAACAUAACAAUAAUUUAUAUAAUUACAAAUCAUUAGGUUUGCACGCUAGCUAAAUAUUAUCAAUUUAAUAUCAAUCAAUCGUUUCUAUCGUGCAUAUAUAUUGUUUUUGUAUUUUAUCUAUUAAAUAAUAAUAAUAAUUAGAUUGAAUACUAUAUAAACGACUAUCAAUGACUUUGGCAUAAAAUCGGCAACCAAAUUGUACCUUAUUUAUGUGCUACUUAUAGGUCAAUAUCAUUUACUGCCUGUACUCGGCACUUUGAUCAAAGUGAAAUUUUUAAUAUGAUAUAAUAUUGUAUUCCCUUGACCCGUUUCAUGAUCUUAAAAAGAUAAGAUCUGGUUUAUAAAUUGAACAUUGUGAUGAUCUUACCUUUUUCGAGUUUACACUUCGCACCGAAUUCAAAUCCGUUUUCUGAAUUUGCAUUUUUUCAGUACUUCACAAUAUAUCUUGUUCGGACUGAUUGAAGGAAAAAUCUAUCUAAAUCGUUAUGUUACUUGUAUGCCAGUACUGAAGUCAUGAGAGAGGAAUCGGGGCACGCCCUACCAGACAUUUUUUUGUUUUACCUAUUGGUUAUUAUACGGUUAUUUCCAGUAUGUAUCGUUCUCAAAAAUAAUUGAUUAUAAUGGUUAUUAGUACUCUUGCCGGUGUUUGUUUUCUAGUAGUAGUAUAUAAUGUUAGAAUGUUAGAUAAAGAACACAAAUAUCGGUAUACAAUCCACUUUUAAGUUAUGUACGAUCUUAGCCCUUAGAAAGAAAAAUUUGAGACGGGUAAUCGUUCUCCCUUGAAUUUUUUUUUUUUUAAUUGUUACCAAAAGCCAUAACUAAGGUGUACGUUUGAACGGGAAAAAUAUAAAUGUAUAUAAGCAUACAUAGGUAUGCACUUUUAUUAAACAAAUUUUAAACCCACUUUCCAUGUAAUUUGUUUUUAUUAACUAUAUUAUAUGAUUCCAGUUCACUCCCCUUAAAUGAGUUUUAGAUCAAUCAGAUUUGCCACUGGCAGUAGUUUACGCAGUUUACAGUAGUAAUUUAGUUAUUUCGUUAUUUUACUAUACUUAACGCAAUUACGUAAUUUAAUUACAUUUGAUUUUUUUUUGUUAUGAAUAACGACAUAACUUUAAAAAUUACGAAUCGUUUGUUUUCAAGAAACAAGUAUCAUAUCGGUUGAAAGUUUACCUUAUACCUACUUACAUUACUAUAUUAUAAUUUUUGCAUGGGGGAUGAUGUUGGACGUUUUAACGUUGUUUGACCAUCCCUGUUAGAAUGAAAUAAAGAUUAAUUUUACCGGAUCGGGUACUUCAGCGUGUUUAGAAAUUAAUUUAAAAUAAAAUAUGUUUUCUUAAAUAAGAGAUAGUCGCAAAAAAAAGUAAUUUAAAUAGUAAUGCAUUACCUUCGGAUUUCAGAAUUAAAGUAACAUAUCUACUUAACUACACUUAUGUACUCAUUUGUGCAAAUAAAAGUGUAAUGUCAUUAUGCAUUUUGGUAAGGUAAUUGUAAUUAUAUUACUUAUGAUAAGUAACGUACUCUAGACUGGUUAUUUGGCGAAAAUGUACUUAACACGCGUUAAAUUAAUAUCGUUGGAUACUUCAAGAAAAAAAAAAUAUGUUUUCCGUUCGGGAAAUUUCGCAUUUUAUAGAAAGCGAACCGUUAGUAAAUUUUAUCGUUCGUCUCUGACAAUUUUGACGAGUUUACUUUCUUUUUGGUUUUUGGCCAAGAAACAAUUUGAAUUUUCGUGUCUAUUUACAUAUUAUACUUGUACUAUUAAUUGUUAUCAUGAAAUGUGUAUUCAUAUUCCACCGCAUGAUGCGGUUACAAGUGGUAUAGUUAAUUCAUAAUUGUGUUAAAAACACCUGUUGAUUUUACAACUGUAAAAUAUAAGUUAUCGGACUGUUUACGUUUCGGUUUUUAUUUUGAUACCUUUGCACAGUCAAUCGCGUAUCGUGUUUCAAAAUAAUAUUGCUAUUUUACGGUGGACACGAUAUUAUUAUACAUAUUACAGUGGGCGUGUAUAAUACUAAAAUGGUGCGUCAUUUAAUUAAAUAUUGCGUCUUAAUAAGUGAAUGAAACGCAUAUAGUAAAAAAAAAAAACUGUACAAUCGGUAUACUUUAUCAUCUGGCUUCUCAUGUGCGAUAAUGUAUACGUAUAUUGAUUUCUUUUUAAAAAAAAUUUUUUAAUUUGGCUCCGACCCGCUGUCUCUACGAUCGGCAACUGUAAAAGUGUAAACUAUAUAUUAUAUUUAUAUUUACCCGAAGGCGGCGGCGGUAAAAUUUACUUAUUUGCGAGAAAUCUCGAUCACGCGUUUUAUAUUUUAAUUUUUAACGAUAAUAAUAACAUCAUAAUAUUAUUAUUUAUUGGACUAUUAUUCCUGUUGUAAAAUCGUACAGGAAAAAAAAUUAUAGAGUAUAAUAGCCAUAGAAUCAUAAGGUACGUGAAGACGUAUAUAAAGACGAAACGUUAAUUUCUUACACAAAAAUACAAAACGUUUUUUUAUUUUAAACCAAAAAUGUUUGUGUGUGUUUAUUUUGCAUAUUAUAAAAAAUUAUUCAGCUAUUAGUCAAGUUAUUAUACGUGGUUAGAUAAGUUACUUUUUCCCAAUAAUAAUAAUAAUAAUACUAUUUAGGUAAUAUUUUGUUUAUAGUGUAAAUAUUUUAAACAUACUAUUAAUAACUUCUUAAUUUUUUUAUAACAUUAUCAAUAAUAUUAUAUUAAUUGAAAAUGUAAGAUAUUCGCAUAAUAUAAAACAUUUAAUCAUGGCGUUUAAUUAUUUUAAUUAAUUUACCUAACCUAGAACGAUAAAAUAUUUAACUCGUUAAAUCAACCGAAAAAACAACUAUGUAAAGUUAUAGGUAGGCGCUCGUUUUUGUAACUUUAUAAUAUUAUACUGUUAGCUCAGUAAGCUUUGUAUUACAAUAGAUUUAUUUUUUAUUAUUAUUAAAACCGUGUAAAUGUAAUUAUUAUAUAAUAAAUUAUCCAUCGUAUUCUUUAUACUCCGUGGACUUUGAUAUUUUAAUCACGCGAAACCAAUCGUUUUGUUUUACAAACAUGAUAUUCUAAAAUCAAAAGGAAGUAAUAAUACUCGCUGGUACAAAAGUCUCGCCCAUGUGUUAUAUUUUCUUCAAACGUAUACAUCAUAGGUAUAUGACUAACUUGAAUUAUGUCGAACGGUUUUUUUUUUCGUAAUAUUUGACAUAAUUAAACAAAUAUUUUGAACACAUACCUAUAUUCGGUUAUUGUUUUGUACGUGUUUACAGUGUUAAAUACCUGGAAUAGUAACUAUUGUGGCACACAUGAUGAUAGACAGCACUUUGUUAUUAUGGUGUUUAAAAUUAAUAUUAUCAACGCGCUACAUAAACUUGGUACCACGCUUGUAGUAAUGUAGCAGUAGAAAACGUACUUAAAAAGUAUUUAGCUAGGUAGGUUAGGUAUACCUACCUAAACAAUAAUCAUGUUGUUAUUAUAAUCUAUCAAUGUCAAGUUUCAUUAACAAAUAAUAGUUUUAUUUAUGUUGAGUAUUAUAAUAACAAAGAUGAGACAAAGGUGAGAGGUGAGACAGAAUAAUAUUAUUGUAUUAAACGAUUUCCGUUUGUGGGUACCGGUACCUAUUUCUAAAAAAAAAAAAAAAAAACAAUAGAUGUAUAGGUACCUAUAUAAAAAUUUUGUUCGUGCCGUAUUUGAACAUUAUUGUUUUAUUUUUCGUUUUAUCAUAUAUUUAUUUAUUGUUACAUAAUUGACGUCAAGAAAUUUCAUGUUUUAUAGCACAGAAAAACUAUAUCGAUAAAAAAUCGAUUUCUGUUCUCGAUGUUUUUCGGUCAUAAACUUUUGUUUCAUAAUUGAUAAUAAUAUCAAAGACCUAUUUGAAGAAAUUAACUGAUGUAACAAAGAAGGACUUUUCCCUCUCGUGGGCAAAUGGUGUGUGGGAAAGAGAGAGAUAAGUUUAAUCACAAAGAUAACAACAUUAUUAUAGAAACCCGUGUUUAAGUUCAAUUAUGUCCCCAGUUAUUAGCGCUUUCUUUUGGAUAGUAACCUAUGGGCAUUAUAUGAAGGACGCAGAGUUCUUAUAUUAAUAUGGACCCUGUUUAUUAGGCGCGGAUCCAGGGAUAAUUAGUUAGGUGAGCCCACGAAUUCAACCCCAAUAAUUAAUUUAGACAACACUAUAGAAUUUGAACAAAAUACAGAACCAUGUUUAUUUUAGAUAGGUAUUAAUAUUGAGAUACCUAGUUAUAAUUAAAAAUUGAAUCUUCUUGACUUAACGUAUGCUAAUUCAUUUCAAAUUUCGCUUAUAUUUGUUAUUAACUCUUUACUUUUUUCUUUUUCGAUUGAUAAAUCCUUGCAGAGCAAGGUUAUUAUAUAAACAUUUUCCGGCCAUGGUUGAUCUGUAGUAGGUUUUUAUUUUCUUCGUUGAAAACGACUUUUAGCUUAUAGCACACAAUACUGGAAUAACUAAAAAUUCGUCUGUAUACUUCUUCUAUCUCUAAAAAGUUUGAAAAAUCACAUCCGAUGCUCAUGCCUUUAAUAACGAUGUAAAUUUCCAUAGAAUUUGAUUCUGUAAGAAGCCUUUUUUUACCCAAAUCACAUUGUAACUUUUAAAGAAAUUUGUUGUCUUUAGAAAUUGUUUACGGAUAAUAUUAUGACAUACAGCUAUUCACUUUCAUAUUUUUAACUAAAUUGAAUUUUGAUUACAUUAUACAUUAAAAGAAAUGUAUAAAUAAUUCUACUUUUUAAAUUCAAUCAAAACUAAUUUGCUCGGUGCACAAAUCUUACCCUAAUUAUUAUAAAUAAAUAGGUAUAUUAAUAUCACUUAUAUACUUGGUUUUGCUAGGCAGUACACAUGCAUUUUGAUGAAAGAAUCAAUUAUUAUUUUUGAGUCUAGCGUGUUUUGAAAUCAAAAUUGGAACUUAGAAUAUAUAAUACAGGAAAGUACACGUAAAACAUAUAUAGUACAAUACUACUUGAUUUUAUUCGUUUUAUUGUAUACAAUUGGAUAUAAAAGCAUUGAUAUUUUUUUUAUUAAUUAAUUAAGGAAAGUUUUAGCUUUUUUGAAUAACUGAGAAAGUAUUUUUUUUUUAAUUUAUUUUUUUAUUUAAGUAUUAUUUAAUUUAAUUGAAAUAUAAUAUGUCAAAAGUAAACACUUUAAUAUUAAUGCAGAAUUGAAAAUACCAAUACAUUUCUUAUAUUAUAUAAAAAAAAGUUAUAAACAAAGUUGAUGGAUAUCAAUUAAAAUCAAUAUAGUAUUUAAUGAAUUUUUAAUAAUUAAAAAUUGUGUAGAAAAAAGUUUUAGCCGUAAUAUAGUUUUAUAUAUUAUUUUAUGUCUGGUGUACUUAUAUUUAUACGUGUAAAUAUUAUAAAAUGUUUUAUACGUAUAUAAUAUCUACUCUGUUUUUUUAAACGAUGCAUUAUUAUUUAUAUUUUAAUUACACAAAAUCAUAUUUUUGAAGUACCAAUUAAUACGAACUAGGCCGGCAAUAGGUAUUCGUAAGAUUUUAUUUAAAAAUAUUUUUUCUAAUUUUUAUUGAAUUAAUGUGAAAUAUUCAUAUAUUAUGUAACACGUUGAUAAUGCUUAUAUCUAACGUAGAUAGUCGCAGCCACACAUUUUCAGUUUUUUUUUUCUUCAAUUUGUAUACCUUAUAACCGACAUAGUUGUUUUAUACGACCGAAUACCCUUACACCGUAUACCGUAGUAUAGGUAAUUUCUAUAACCUUUUUUCUCUUUAUUGAUAUACCUUACCUUUUCGGUUUAACUCUUGCCUUGUACGCCGGUAGUUCAUCUUCGACAUAAUAGCUCUUCAAGUCAACACGAAUACGAGUGUAAUCGAAUAUCAUUCAACAUACCUACAAAUAUCAACGACAACGAACCAGUUUAACAAGUAUGUUAUCGUCAUGCCUAAUAAACCGUACACCUAUGUAAAAUUAUUGUAAAUCAAAAAAACUUUAAGAAAUGCAUUAAAAUCGUCUAUUGAGUAAAAAAAUAAUAAUAAUAAUAAUAAUAUCCAUUCAUCAUUAUAUUUUGCAUUUCGCGAUCAUAUUGUUAACCACAUUUUUAUGACAGCCAAAACAACUAUUUUAAUUCAACUGAACUGUUAAUUAGUUAGUUAGUCGGGAAUAAUUAUUCAUCUUCUCUCAUCACAAUUAUAUGUACAAACCCAAAAUUGACACGUCUUCGAAAUCCACCUUUUAAACAUCCCUUUCACUUCUCUGGACUACGAAUUGGAUUACCCCUCCAAUUUUCGAUUUCAUCCUAGCCCGUGAGAGUUUUAGACCCCCAUACCACAGUCCAUCAAUAAGUAACUAACGAAAACAAAAAAAUCACAACUAAUUUUACUACAGGUACUCCUGCUACAUUUUUGCUUUCAUAUUUAUUUAUUUUAAAUAUAUUACCAUUAAUAAUAUUAAAAUAUUAAAUUCUAAAAAAAAAAAUGUUUAAAAUUUUGAUUAUAUUUAUAUUUCUUAUUUAAAAUAUCAUUAUUUGCAACAAAAGACUUACCGUCCCUCCGUUCCAAUAAAAAUAAUUAGUGAGGGAACAAUAAAAAAAGCUGUCCUAGAAUAAUGAGACUGGUGCAGCCAAUGCUAUAGGUAAUUUAAUUUAUAUCUAUAAGCAACGAUAAACCAUUGUUUUUGAAAAAAUGAUUCUGAGCGGAAUUCAGUUGAUAGUGAUACUUAGUCAAAAAUAUAUAUGUCAUAUUAUAGUAAAAUAUUUAAAUUGGCAUUAUAUAUAUUUUUUAAUAAUAUUUGUUUAAUGUUUUACCGAUUUUCCGUUUUUCUUAAGUUUUUCCUGCUUUUCUAUGUUUUUUCACAUUUUCCGGGAAAACUGUUGAGAAAAUGGAAAAAUGACUUACCUAAAGUACCUUCCCUGUUAGAUUACCUUUCAGAAAAAGUGCUAUCAUUAUAAAUCUGAACCCAAUCUUGUAGAAAAGUUGCACACAGAAAAAAAAAACAUCUUUGUAAAACCAUAAGCUUCUUCACUCCAUUCAGAAUCUAAAAAAAUACAAAUAGUACAGUUCCGUUCCUCUGUGCUUUCCCCCAAAUUCUAGCAAUGCUCUGGGCCGAAAAUUUGUUAAUCAAAUUCGUCUAUCACUUAAAAAAGUCACUGCGAUAUUGACAUAAAAAUCUUUGUUUAGACUUCGGUAGUAUAUUAGCAAAACAGCUAAAAACAUUUUGUUUUUGUCAAUGAUAUCUUUAUGUUAUAAACAUUUUAAACCUGUGAAACGUAAUAUUAUUAGUUUAUUAGUGUAAAAAAAAAUAUAAAUAUUGUAGGCUUUUUAUUAAUUAAAUUAUUUAAUCACUUUUUACUUAAUAGUUAUGUACCUAUUAUAUCAUAAUAUAAUAUGUAUAUUGUAUGAAGUGUUUUACAAAGAUCUGACAAUUACAGUUAUUUUUAUUCUAUUCAAUAUUUUUAAGUUUUUUUCCUUGUAAUAAUUAAUAAAACCUAUUAUACUUAUCAUUUUACCUUUUCUUAUUUAAUUUUUUUUUUAAAAGCUAAUAAUGACAAAUUUAAAUUUAAAAAAAAAAAAACUAUUUUAAAAAAAUACAAGAUUGACUUUUUAUAAAUAUAUUUCUUAACACAAUGUUAAUUAAACAUAUUUACUAAUCAUUAAUCAUUAAUUUUCUACUAAUUUGUUUAAAUUUCCGAUAGUUUAAAUUCUUUUCAUUGUCACUAUUAAAUAAUAUAAUCAAUAUAGAUUUGCUAAUUUUUCAUUAAGGAAUACAUUUUUUUAAUCAUUUGUGUAAAAUUUGUCAAAAAAUUGUAGAAACAACGAUUUACCAUGAGUAAAUAUUUGUAACACUCACAUUAUGUUUCAAAAUAUAUUUAUAAAAUCUUGGAUUUUGUUAAUUCAUUUUUAUCUUCAGUUAAAAAAAAUAUAUAUAUAUAUAAUAUAAAGAAAUCAUAGUUCUAGGGUCUAGUAUAAAUUAUUACACGAAAAAAUAACUUAUAAAUAUUGAAUAGAACAAAAGUUAAUGCAAAUCUCUGUGAAAUCCCUGUAUAUAAUAUAUAAGUAUGCAAAUAAAAGUUUAAGUACCGAUAUUUACAGAUUAGAAAACUAAUUAGCUUGUAAAUAUAAUACUUAUUAUUAACCUAUGGUUUAGACUGUUUAGAGAACGAAACAAUGCAAUUUCUGUAAUAUUAUAUCAUUUUAUUAGGGUAUUUUUUUAUCGUUAAUUUGAUAUCUGUAAUGAGUUCCUAUAAGUAUACUCGUAUAAUUUACGAGAAGCUAUUAGGGGGUUUCGAUUACCCGUCGGAAUUGUUCAAAAUUCUAAAAAUUUCUGAAGUUUUACGAAUUGUUUACUCGGGCAAAAACUCACAAGCAUGUAUGAUAUUAAUUUUUAAAAGCCAAGCUCUUUUUUAAGAGUCUAUUGAACACGGCUUUGUAUAGGUACUUUCGCUUACAAUAUAACAUUUUAAUAUAUAUAUAUAUAUACAUUUUUAUUUUAAUGUAUAUUUUUUUUAAAAAAAUUUAAAUUCAAAAAAAUAUACACUUUCUUUAAAACGAAUAAUAUAUAAAUUUAAAAAUCAAACUUUUUUUUACUGUUUAGAAAUUGUAUUAUAAUUUGAUUUCUUGUUAAACGUUUUCGUAAUCAUAAUUUUAUUGAUAUUUACUUGCAAAUAAUUUUGUGAAAUAUUGUGGAAUACCUAUAGUAUUAAUUUUAAUAUACGUUUUGAAAUUAUAAUUGUUCAACACUGACUGCAGCACUGCAGUAACAAAUACAAUAUAAAUACGUACUUCCUUAUAGCUUUGAACGAUUCGCAGAGUCAAUGAUAACGUUUCUCGAGCAGGGAAUAAAGGUCAAAUCGGUAGUACUUGUGUAUUUUAUUUGUCAAUUGAAAUCCCCAAGACCUUGACUAUUGUACGAAUGUUUAACAAUAGAAAAACGAACUCUUCUUUUCUACACAAUACUAUUACCGUGUCUGAAUAAUAAACAGAAAUCAACACGUAAAUAUAACUGUAUAACUGAGAAUCUUAAUCUGAAUAAACGCAAAACACGAGUUAGAAAAACUAAAAAUCAUAGCAUUCUAAAAUCAAUAGGUUCCGCUUAUACCACAUUGAUAUAUUAUAAUAAUUAUUAUGUUGGUUGUAUCGAUUAGGUAUAUUAUUAAUAUUUAAUUUAUAAUAUUUGUAAUGAUGCGAAAUUACGACUACGAUGCAUACGUGUGUUUAUAGUAUUAGUAUUAUUAUUAUGCAUUAUAUCUGUAUUAUUAUGUUUUCAUCAACCGUAUAAUAAUAAAAAUUAUUUAUUUAAUACAAAGGUCUUUUAACCGGUGUUGAAUGAUUUUGAUUAAUGUUUCCUUUGACCUAUAGAGUUGGUUGGUAGGUACGAUGUAUUAUAUUAAUAUAUAUAGAAGUAGCCACACGCCAUUUACGUAUUUAGUUUGAUUACAUUAGUCGCAUAUGAUACUUGUUAUAUUGUGUACCUUUAUUUAUACGCGGUUGGUUAAUGUUAACUACUGUCGUUGUAUGUAUGAGUAAAUAAUUCAUUAUAUAUUUAUGUAUUAAAUUUUAAAAAAAUCAUCUCCGAACGGUUAUUUAUAUAAGUACCAUAUCAUUUUCCAGUGGGUAAGUCUGAAUAUAAUAUUAUUGUACGUUAUUAUGCGUUGGUACCUAUGUAUAAUUAAGGAAACAAUUAUUGAAUCUCGGACCCAGGGAGAAGGGCAUUUGUAUGGUUUUCAAUUCAAGCUAGUUAAAUGUAGAAAAUUAUUAAAUGACAUAAUUACUUAAUAGCUAAAUUUUGUUACCGUAUAGUAUGUGUGACAUCAUGAAUAUUUUGCCAAACAAAAACUACACCAUAGCUGACUUGGGAUAUUUUAAUUUUCAGCAUAACAUAUGUUAGAACAAAAGAAAUAUUAAUAUGAGUAUGUAUAUUAUGAAAACAACUGCAGGGUUUUUGAAAGUUUCAUCUAAAAAAAAGCAGUUGAUACCUACUGUUGACAAGUGUGCCACUGUAUUUUAAAAGUUAGUAAGGAAUAGGAGAUAUAUAUAUAUAUAUAUACAGAAUAAUUCAACAAGUAUACCCACCACAUUUUUAUGGGUAAAUUUUUCAUGUAUUCAAAUUCUGAUUUGUGGAAUUUUUAAGUGUAGUGAGAGCCGAUAUUUUCGAAUACUUAGAUUUUUCACUAAAUUUAAGGAGUAUCCAGUGACGAUACCGACGUUGGUUUUUCAAAUGAAAACUUACAUUAAAGAUUCCAUAAACAGAUGUAAUAUUACUUUAAAUAAAUUUUGAUGUCAACAUUUUUAAUUUCCAUCAACCCAUUGAUGAGAUAUUUUACUUUUAAGUUUAGGUUGGGAUAGAGUAGUGGAGCACUAAUAAAAACCCAACAUUUAUUUAAUAUAAUACUCCAUCUAUUUAUGAAAUUUGUAAUAUUGAUUCUAAUUUGAAAAUCAAAGUUAUUGGUAUCAUCACAGGAUAUUCCUUAAACAAAAAUUAAGUAUUCGAAAACAUCGGCUUUAACUACACUUAAAACUUCCAAAAAUCAGAAUUUAUGCAAAAUGUAACCAAAAAAAUGGGGUGAACACGGUUAUUAAAUAUAUGUCAAUUUCUGUAUAUAGGAUGGGCCUCACUGAGUAUGCUCGUGUUCAUGGAGAAUAAUCCUUAUUUUUUUUUAUAAUAUAAGUAUUCUAUGAAAAUUUUAGGUCAUUAUAAUUAUUUUUCACUAAAUUACAAUAAACAAAAUUAAAAAUAACAGAAAUCAUUAUAGUGUAAAUUGUCCAGUUUUUCAUUAAUUAUUAAGAAAUCUAUGAGGGAAACAAAAAAUGACUUCCUCAAUGGAUUGACUAGACAGAAUUAUUUACAGACACCCUAAAAAAAAUAAAAAAAAAAUAGACAUAUCAUAGUGGAACCAACACAUUCCUCGUUACGCUCAAAGUCUAAUAUAUACGAGACAGGCACUCGGGUGUUAAUUAAUUGCAGCAAUCUCAAUAACGUGACAUUUUGUAAAAUCCUACAAUUAUCAUAACACUGUUGAAGUGACUUAAUCAUAGUUAAAAACAACGUGCUUAAAUUAUUAGUUUAAAAUUACAAUACUAUAAUAUUGAUACACAGAAGUUCCUUUCUAGACUUAUAAUUUACGAUGAAAAAUAAUACGUACGUUUUAAAUUUAAAAUUAUGAUUAGAUUAUGUAGAAUUGUGUACCUACUUGAAUUGUGCACGAAAGUCCUGUUAUAGUAUACAGCUAUAAUAGCGGUUAAUUUAAUUUAUGUAAUUAUUGUAGAUAUUUUUUAUAUAUCCGAAAGUCCAAUAAAAUAAUAUAUUUUAUGAUACCCACUUUAGUAAUCGAGUUUAAUUGAUUUGCAUCGAAUGCGAGGAACUCGGUAUUUACAUUUUUCGAGUCUUUCCACGGUACCAUUCGUUUCUUAAAUGAUUUCGAAUAAUUGUUGUUGUUUUUUGAACAUUUUCGUACAUUUUUAUACAUUAAGUAAGUAGGUAGUAUUAUAAAUAAUAACAACAUACUAUACGUAAUCAAUUCCUAAUAGGUAAUCACGUGCGAAUGCAUGACAAAAUUUACCUGUAGGAUUUAUUUUGUUUUUUAAUCGUUUGUACUAGAAUAUAAAAUAAAAAUCCUUUUUCUAUAAUCCAUUUUACGAGUAGGCACACUUUUAUUUCUCCUAUAUUUGUAUAUAUAAGUAAAUAAUUUACUUAACAAUUAUUGUUAUAAUGUUCAAUCUUGAGUCCUCAGUUUUACAAAAAAAAUAAAAUAAAAUAAUAAAUCAUCUAUGGUAAACAUAUUAUAUUGUAAAAAAAUAUUAUCUAAUUUAUAGCUACUCGUAAAUAUGAAGGUAUAUACAUUUUUUUAAAAAAAAAAAAAACUAUUUGAUAAACUGUAGACUAUGAAAAACACAUAUUAGUAUGAACAAAUAUCUAUAAUAAUAAUAUUUUAUAUUUACUGUACUUGUAUUAUAGGCAUGUAUUUUUAUUACACUAAAAGCAAAAAAAAAAAAGAAACACAAUACAACGUUGUUAUUGUUGUUUCACAGUUAGAUUUAUAAUCGUUUGUUGAAAAAAAAAAAUAUAUACAAAUAAAUUUCGUUUUAUGGAUUUUAUACCUAGAAUGGUUUUCGUGUUUGUGACUGGUAGGUAUACACAUUUUAUGACGCAUAUAGAUGUAUAAAAAUAUCGAUAUUUUCAAGAAGUUUUUACUUUGUAGAUACAUUUACGUUGCGCAAAAUGCACGGGUAUUUACGCGUAUAUAAUUCCGGUUUUAAUUAUAAUUAAUCAAUUUAUGUUUUAAUAUUUCUUCAGAUAUAAUGUACCAAAAUAUGUAAUAAACAUCUUUAAUUUGUAUUUAGAUAUGACGUUAAUAUUAUGUUUAAUCUUCAUACAAUUUCACGGUGCACGUGUAUUAUUUUUUAGUGUACGUAAUAUAAUAUAAUAUGACCUUAAUCGUGAUUUCGUCAAUUAUUUUAUUUGAAUAUCAUCAGUGCGAAUCAGUAUUUUCAUUGCGGUUAGUUUAACGGUCCCGGGAGUAAUUGUCUCUGACCAAUUUAUAAUAUUCUAAUAUCUCAUUCGUGGGAUAUGAUAAACGUAAGGUACCGUGAAAUGCGAAUCUUUUUCUAUAUAGGUGACUACGAAACUAAAAUGUGUAUCGAUGUGUUCAAUAUGUGUGUGUAGCGUGACAUAUAAACUUUUUCACUACUAUCAUUAUGAUUAUUAUUUUUUUUUUUUUUUUGAGGGAGGGAGGAAUAUAUAAUCGUACAAUUACACUUACAUUUUUAUGUAUGCAUGUAGACCUAUUCUCAAAAGGUUAAGAGGACUAAGGGGUCGUGUAUAGGUUAUUUUCUCGAAAUGUUUGAAAAAAUGAAAAUGUAUCAACUCAAAAAUAUUAGUUUUUUUUGUAACUUGUAACUUAACGAGUUACUUUUUAUUUAAAUCAAAAAAGUUACUAAUUAAUUUUCAUCGUUUUGUCACCGAUAUCUUGCAACUCAGAAUUUAUAUAUAUUUUUUUUUUACGGUUACGUUAGGUUUUUUGGGAGGGGUUUGGGGGAUGAACUUUUGAAAUUCAAAAAGGAACCUACAUUUAUAAUUUUAUAAAUGGAUGCAGUAUUAGUUUAAAUAAAUUUUGUUGUUGAAAUUUUGUAUUUCCGUCACCUCGUCGAGAUAUUCCACUUUUUAGUUUAGACAGGGUGAGGAGUGGUACACUAUUCAAACGCUUCACGUCGUGCAAUGCCACCACACAAGAGAUUAUUGUUCCACUACUCUCUCCCUACAUCCCCCCACCAAACAAAAUAUAUAUAUAUAUAUAUACAAAUUAUUUAAGAUAAUUAUAAAUUGAAACAUUGUUGUAUAAUACAUUUUUUUCAUAAAAAUACAGAAAAUAUUAAUUGUUGUAACAUAAAAUUCUGAUCACUCUGUAAAGGUAUAAUAGUCCUUAUUUAGUUCUUAUAUUUAUUGUAGACAUUUUCUUAUGUAUCCAAAUAUUUAAAGAAAUAAUAUAUUUUGUAGUAUCCACUUUAGUAAUCUUUCCAAUUGAUUUUGCAUUGAAUGCGAAGAACCACGUUGAUACACUCGUAUUUUUCUAGUCUCUCUGUGACUCGAUUAGGGGUUUGGUUAUUUCGUAUUUUUGUAUAGAUUUACUAAGCAUGUUGUAUUAUAAUUUAUAAUAAAUAAUAAUAUAUUAUACGCUAUCAAUUUCCUAAAUGCUACAAUUAACAUAAACCUAUGGGAUUUACAUAUAUUUGUUAUUAAUCUUUUACACUUUACACAUAAACAUUAUGCAAGAAUAUAGUUUAAAAAUCUAUUUUAUAUAAUCCAUAAUGUGUACACGAGUAGAUAAUCGUAGGAGUGAUGAAGUUCGGGCAGUCUUUUUGAACUCCUGGUAUCAUUUUUCAAUUAUACAAUUUCCAGGAGCAUACGUCGCGCGUUACACUAUUUUGAACAUUUCAUCAGAGCUGAAUUAAUAAAUUUAAAAUGCAUACAAUCUAGGUAUUUAUAUUAUAUCCUAAAACAAUAAUAUUGUUAUAUUUAAAAAUCGAAACUAGUUUUAUUGAAAAUUAAAAACUAAACUAUUUAAACUUUUUGUUUACAUUGCAAUGUAUAAUUAACAAAAUAUAUUGUAUCGGUACUCUUUUAAAUUCUUAUUAUAUACACAUACAUUUCAGAAUAUUGUGAAAUAACGUUUUGUUGUUCUUUUUUAUCUAUUUCUUUGUUUUGUACAUUUUAUAAUAUUGCACGUUUUAUUUCACCUACCGAUUUUCACACAUCCUCCUGGCAUGUUUUAUGUCACUUGUUUUUAUCAUCGUGGCGGCGAUAAGUUUUAAUAUUAUAUUGACAAACAGCAAACGGAUUUCUAGCCUUUUUUUUGUAGAACACGUACAUGUUCAUUAUAUAUAUAUAAUACAAUGUUUCGUUUGUAAAUAUAAGUACUUGGUUGUGGUUUCACAUAAAAACGAACAAAUUAUACGGUUAUUUUAUUUAGAAAAAGAAAAAGAAACAAUUACUAUUCGGUGUAAUUUAAAGCAUGCAGCUUAUGUUUAGCAGAUAUAACUAUAGUAAAUAGCAUUUAUUAUAUGUUUAUUUUUACGGAAUUCUGAUGAUAAUUUAGACAGAUGACGUAUUUUUCUCGCGAAAAAAAAAAAAGAAAAAAUAUUAUAUACCAGAUACUUUUAUAGUAAAUCAUCGUUUACAGAUGUAUAAUUAUAAUAUUUUGAUUCUGAUUUUUAUAACAUGGUAUUUACUAUAACACAUAUGCGAAAUUGGUGCGAUAUAUAUUACGGUCCCGUACUGGUCCACCGGAAGAAUGGAUAAAAUCUUACCUUAAAUUCCAAAAAAAAAAGGAAAUAUUUUUUUGUUUCCCUCAGUCAUAUUUUUAUGGUUAUUAUAUAGGUAUAUUAUAUUAUUUUAUCUAAGCCAGAUAAAUUAUAGAAGUUAUGUGUUUCUGGGGAUGGGAAGUAGAUAUCCCAAAAACCCCACUAUAAUUACGUUACUGAUUUAGGUGCCCUUUUAAGUAGUUACUGCAACCGCCAGUACGGGCCUACAUGUAUAUACCCACCAUAUUAUUACGUACUUGCAUCAAAUAUCUCCAACAACAUUGUUUCAGACUUCUCUGGUUUGUUUAAUCAGACAAUUCUUUGCAAGUUGUUUAAAUUUGUCAGACUUUAUUGCCUGAGAUAUAUAAGAUAUAAGUACGAUAUGUGAUACUAAUUCUCGUAUAGCACCAAAAAUAUUCAAAUUUGCGGAAACUGGCCUCAAAAUAAUCACACACGUUUUUUAGACGUUGUUUGAACGUUUUUAGACUUUAUUUAAAUGGUAAUAAAAGUAUAAACGAAUGAACUAUCAUUGGUACUGUAUUAUAAUAAUAAUAAUUAAUGAACUAUAACAAUUAUUCAUUACUGCAGUAGUUAGAAAAUAAUUCUACUAUCUAUAUUUCGUAUUAUUAUUAAUUCAUUAUGAAAAAAAUAAUAUUAAUAAAAUUAUUUAGUAACAUUAACAUUGCAUGGGACACCCUGUAGAAAUGUAUGUAUAUACGUUAUGGGGUGGUAUCAUUUAGUAACGUUCAAAACUGUCAUAAGCAUAAUUUUAAGAUUCUGAGUGGAGUCAAGAAACUUAUGGUUUUAUAGUGAUGUUUACUAUUUUUUUUUUCUGUGGACAUCUUUUUUACCAGUAAUUUUCCUCCGAUUUUAAAUGAUUGUACUUUUUCUGAAAGGAAAUCGUACUAGAUAGGUACUUUAGGGAGGUCAUUUUUUGAUUUUGUUAGGUUGAAUAAAUGGGAAAAACAUGGUAAAAAACGGGAAAAUAGGUACAAUAUUAAAUAAAUAUUAUUAAAGAACAUGUUUAAAGCAUAUAUGUAAUGAUUUUACCAAAAUAUGACGUAUACAUAUAUAUUGUUUACAACGGAACAUUAUAAAUAGAACUCCGGUCAGAUUGUUUUUCCGUUAGCAAUAGUUAAUCGUUGCUUACAGACAUACAUUAAAUUAUCGUCGAUAUUCUACCUUCCCAAAUUCCUACUUACAACAGUGGCUGCACCCGUCCCCAUUAUCCCAUGACAGCUUUUUUUUAUUCGGGAGUGGGUGUGGUAAAAAUAAAUUUAAUAGGAUGGUAUCAUUUCAUGGUGUCUAGGACUUUUCGGCGCUGCCGUUUCGGCGAUAAAAACAAAAUACAUGCAUGAAAAUUAUUUUUAUUAUAAAAUAAUACAUAACUUAUAGUCAAUUAUUUAUAUUUUAAAUUAUAAUAUAUUAAAAAUGUUCAUAUAUAACCAUUGUGUCUUAAAAUUUCACGAUUACGUUUCGAUUCAAUCGAUGCCAUUUUUACUGUACACCGCACGACACAACACUUUAAAACUUUUAGUUUAGAACUUUUCAGAUUAGUUAUAUUAUCUGUGAGUUUUAUCGAUAGAAUACACGUGUUUAGAAAUCAGAAAUAACAAAUCUUUACCUAAAAUACUCGGUUAUAAUUUAUAUACUGAUAUAUUUUAUUUUUUAUCUACAUAUACAACUAUUUUUAUAAAUUUAGUAUAAAAUCCUUCUUAAACUAACUUAGUCUUUUAAAUGAGACUAAAUUACACGGACAAACGUAUUUAUAAAUAAGUCGACGGAUGUGAUAAAAAUGACAAAUACAUUUUUUUAUUCUAAAAUGUAUUUUGUCUUUAUCGUCGGAACGGCAACACUGAAAGUAUCUAUCACCGAAACAACAGCGCCGAAAAGUCCCAUUCCCUAUUUUAUGAUACUCGAAACUACGACCAAUUUCACGUAUAUUAUUAAUAACCUAGUACAGGGUUAUUGUGCACUGUUAAAAUAUAACUACUUAAACUUAUAUUUAAACCUAUAUUUACUAUAAUGGUUUAAAUAAAAACACACAUACUCGAUUGAGUAUUUUUUUGCAUGCUCAAAUAUACUUCUUUUUCCCGAAUGACGUAAAUAAUAAUAUCUUCAAUAACUGGAUUAGAAAUUGAUGAUAAUAAAUACAUAAGUGACUAGUUUUUAUGUCUUAUAAAUAUACAUGUAUGAUAUUUGGGUCACAAAAUGGUUUUGAAAGCACUGUGUAGUACUACCGUCUCAAUUAUGGUUGUUAAACAUAGACUUAGAAUAUUUUCUAGUAGUUUAGGGAAAAAUCGUUUGAAAUAUACGAAUAAUAUUUAAUUUGUAAUACAAUAUAAUCGAUCUAUAAAAAUUAUCAAAUUUCAAAUUAUCAAAUAAUCAAAAUAAUUUUUAUAAAUAAAAAUAGUUUUAAUUAUUUUUAUAGAUCGGUUUUUAGUUUUUAUUUAUUUUUUUGAAAAUGUAGUAUACAUUUUUUUUGUCACAAACAAUUAAAAAAUGGUACAUUGUAUUUUACGCUAUAAUGCUCCCCCAAAGAUAUAUAACGUUAUUAUAAUCGUUUAUUUUAUAUGUCUUAUACCAGGAAAAAAUUUGGUUUGACAGCAACAUGUCAGCUUCGCCCGAUCAAUUGUUGGUGACGCCGACCGACGGUCAAAAAAGUCCCAGCGCUGUGUUCGAAGUACCGACUUCCGAAUUGAAAAAGAAUUACAAAUUUUGUACGACACCGGAAAAAUCAUUAACAGGUAAGAUACCCCCUGCAGUUACACUCAUUAUUAUUAUUAUUUUUCAUCAUUUCUUCUUACUUUAUUGUUUAUUUAUUUUUUUCUAAAUUUUAAGUACACGAAUUAAACAAAGAAAGACGAUAAGAUAAAUAACAUUAUUUUGUAUUUAUUUAACAAUAUUUAGUUAAUAUUAGUUCAAAAUAUUUCUUAUGAUUACUUUAUACUUUAUAAUGCACAAUAAUAAUAAUAAUAAUACCAUUAGAGAAAAAUAAUACUUUUGAACUUGUACAACGACCUUUUAUUUUGAAAUGGCUUUAUAUUUUCACAAGUUGUAAAGUUUAUAUAUUGUACAUAUAAUGUAAUAUAUAUUAUUUAUACAAGUUUAAGUAACUCAUAUAAUAUAAAUGGUAAAUCGUAGAAACUCGAUUUAUUAUUCACGACGAGGGAAUGGAACUUUGAAUUUUACAUAAAUACUCAGAGUAGAAAACUUAUUAUUAUUUUCUGUAAAUUUUUAGGUUCAGAGCGGAACGUGGGAUUAUUGGUUUUCCUUCGAUGGGUAGUUAUUAUUUUUUUUUUUUUCGUGUAUGUUAAAAAUAUUCGUAGAAACUUAAAAUUUUAACAGAAAAAAUAUUUGUCUUUUUUUAUACGUGGUGAAAUUUUUAAAACAAUAAAUCGAUGAUUUUUGAGGUUUUUAUAGGUAUUUUGUGUUUGCUAGUUUUUUUUUAGGUAGUUUUUAUUUGAUCAGUGUGGCUUUAAAAAAGGAAAGUCCACGACAGAUCACAUUCAUACACUAAGGCAACUUAUGGAAAAGUACUAAGAGUAUAACAAGGACCUUCGUAUGGUGUUUGUGGACUCCAGACAGGAAUACGAUAGAAUCAUUCGUGAAAAACUGUGGACAACACUUAGAAACUUUAGCAUACCCGAUAAUUUAAUCCAGAUGUAUAAUGAAUAAACUUGUUGUAGAGUACGUUUCUUAGGAUAAUUAUCAUCAAUAUUUAAAUGCAAGAAGGGCCUGAGACAGGGUGACGCACUGUCCCAGUGCUGUUCAAUCUAGCUCUGGAAAAGUUGGUGAGAGAUAUACCAGACCUCAAAGAAAUGUAGUUAAUAGGACCUUCUUCGCCUAUGCAGAUAAUAUUAUUUUACUAGGAGAGUCUAAAAAUAAUGUUGAGGAGAGUGUAAGAAAGCUAAUAAAAUCUAGCUGCAAUAUGGGGCUAGUGAUAAACAAAAAUAAGACACAAUAUACGGUGAUGAAUAGGAAUGCAACUGUAAAGGAUAAUCUACUCAUCGAAGGACUUACUUUCGAGCAGGUAGGGGACUCCAAGUACUUGGGAGUUAACAUAAACGAAAAGAACAAUAUGCUUAAGGAAAUUAGGAUGAGACUGAAUGCGGCAAAUAGAUGUUACUUUACAAUGAAAGAAAUGUUUUCCUCCAAGUUACUGUCCAGACGUACAAAGGAACGCCGCUACUGUACAUACUUGAGACCCAUAAUAACGUACGCAUGCGAGACAUGGUCUAGCAUUCAAGGAGAUGAAGAAAGACUACAGAGUUUCGAGAGAAAAAUACUGAGGAAAUUAUAUGGACCAGUAUAUAAUAAUGACUUGGGAAGUUUUCAAAGAAGAACAACUGAAAACCUAAAACAGCUGUACAACAAGGCAAGUCUACUACAUUUCUUAGCCAGAAAAAGGCUGAAAUGGGUGGGACACGUUUGGUGAGCAGAGGGAUCACUUAUUAAGAAAGUCACGGAAAACAAUCUGGGAAAAAGACCAAGAGGUAAACCUUGGCAGAGAUGGUAUGAUACAGUUAAGAAAACCCUGAAGGAAAUCAAUCCAUUACUGGAUAUGAAGUGGCAUUGGAUAGGGAAAGAUGGAAGAGCGUAUUGGAAGCGGCGAUGGUUCUAAAUGGACCGCUAUAAGUCUUAGAAGAAGAAGAAGAAGAAGUUUUUAUUUGACAGGUAUUAUUGUAGACAUAAUUGUUUGACCAAACGAAAAUUUAAAAAUUUGACAGAAGGUUUAUUAAAAGUUACACUUAAUAAUAAUAAAAAAAAAAAAAGUAAAGUGUAAUUUAGUUAUUUUCUUUUAAGUAAUGGUAUCAAGAUCGAAUUUUAAUGAAAAUCGUAAAUAUUAUAAGCCAUUAUAUUCCUUUUAAGUUAUAUAAACGAACGUCGCUCAGAACCAUUUUCCAUUAACAAUGGUUUAUCAUUGCUUACAGGUAUAAAUUAAAUAACUUUAUGUAUCCUAUCUUCUUAAAUUCUCGCCUACAACAAUGGUUUACCCAUCAGCCGUAUAUCAGCUAUUUUUUAUACGUAUUCUGAGUGGAGCAAAGAUUUUACAAAAAUGUUUAUUUUUUUUUUCUGUGGACAACUUUUCUACCAGCAAUCUUGCUUCAACUUAUAAUGGUAAACAUUUUUAUAAAAGAAAAUUUCACUUGGGAGGAACUUUAAAAAGAUCGUUUCUCGAUUUUCCCUGAAGUUUUCUCAACAAAUGUGAAAACCGAAAAAAAACAGAGGAAAAACGGGAAAAAGUAAAAAAUGUAGGUAUUAGCUAAACAUAUUAUGGGCUUCUUUGAAUUUUUUUAUUAUGUAAAAUAUAAAACUCCACUUUUUUUUGGCAGUAUUGUAAUUCUUUUGUACUACUUAGUACCAAAUAAAUGGCACUCUUUUAAGUACCAAAAAGAUAAAAUUUCUUUUUAGAAAAGAUACUAGACUUGAUACACCAGAACAAGAUUUCUGAUAGAAAAGUUGCUCAUUGAUGAAAAAAAAAAACUAUAAAAAAGCUGUCCUAGGAUAAUGGAGACGGGUGCAGCAAUUGUUAUAGGUAAUUUAAUAUAUACCUGUAAGCAACGAUAAACCAUUGCUUACGAAUUCCGAGCGGAAUUUAGUUUAUAGUGUAGUUGCUUUGUCAACAAUAUAUUUUAUGUCAUAUGACGGUAAAAUAAAUACAUAAGCAAUAUAUAUUAUCUUUAGAAAUAUUUGUUCAAUAUUGUAAGAUUCGCUUCGCCAGAAUUGCUUUCAAUACCUUUCAAUACCAAACCUAUACAGUAUUAUGUACUUUAUUUUGUACAAAUAAAAUAUAAUUUUGUACACCUCCCCCCCCCGGAACACGAGAAAAAUCAAUUUUGCUAUUCGCGUGCUGGAGAAACGUUUUCCUAGCACUCUCUUUGCCACAAUUUGAACAAUUAUAAUUUCCAAUGAUGCUGUGUUAUAUACUUUUUUAUGUACAAUUGUGUACACUCUCCCCCAAACACGAGAAAUACAAUUAAUACUUUUUAUUUCAUUUGAAAUAUAAUUUAUAUUAACUGAUUCUCCGUAUAAAAGCAAAUUAAUUUACAAGACUAUAAGCUAUUAGGUAGUCGUGGACACAAAAAAUGUGCCAAAUACCUCACCUUAUACUCACUGUUGUAGCUAUAAUAUGUUACGCAACUUGACGACAUUUUACAAUCGUAUUGCCAUUACAUAUCAUAUUCAUAAAUGUACAAAACAAGUAAAGGUAUAGGUACAAAUCAGUCUCGAUAUUAUCACGAAUAAUAGAAAAUAAUUACAUUUUCUAUUUUUUACGUUCCUCCAGCACUCGCAUAGCAAAAUCGAUUUUUCUCUUGUUUGGAGGGUGUAUACAACUUUAUUUUACUUGUACAAAAUUGUACAAAAAAAAAUACAAAACAUUAUCUAGGUUUGGUAAUAAAAUUUGAAAGUGACAGUACUGGCGAAACGGAGCUAAUAUUAUACCUAUAUUCCCGUUUUCUUACGGGUUUUCCUGAAAUUCCUAUUCAAGGGAAAACUAGAUAGAAAAUUAAAAAACUACCUCUCUAAAGUGCCUUCCCAGUCAGACUUCCUGUUAGAAAAAGUGCUAUCAUUGAAAAUUGGAGCGAAAUUGCUAGUAGAAAAGUUGUUCACAAGCAAAAAAAGGUUAUAAUAUUUUUUUAACUAAUACCUACAUUUCAUACAUUUUCCCGUUUUUUCUCCAUUUUUUUCGGUUUUUCACAUUUUUGCAGAAAACUCCUAAGAAAAUCGAAAAAUAAUCUAUUUAAAGUACCACACCACACCGAUUUCCUUUCAGAAAAGGUGCUACACUUCGCUCCACUCAGAAUCUAAAAUAAUAAUAAAUAAACAAUAUUGUCGAUCUAAUACAUUCCUCGAUACGUUCUGAACCUAACCUAAAUCCCCGAAAAUGUAUCAGAUCUCCAACUAUGCUUAAUACAUUCAAGAUAUAUGAGAAACAUAUUUUAUUUUUGAAAUUAAGAACAAAUAAUUAUAGAUAUUGGAUAUUUUGUGAAAUAUGUAUCGUCACACGGUGCACGGGGUAGGGGAAGAUUGCUUUCUUUGCCUCUCCCACCUCAAAGACAUGCCUAUUUUAUUUGUUAGUAGUAUUAUAAUUAUUUAAGUAAUUACGCAUUAUAUAUUCACUAUGUUGCUGUUUGAUUAAAAUAUUAUAACCUCAUUUCGCAAUCACGAUGCCCUUACCGAAAGACGUACGAGUAUAGUAAAGUAAAACAUGCCGUUUUAUAAAUCCGGUAUUAAAGUUAAUUGCUCUUAUUGAUACUUACCUUAUACUAUCUAUCUAUGCCUAUACUAAACCUAUCAAUCGUUGGUAAAUUAGUAGAUAGUAAAUUGUAAUUAAUUCAUCCAAGUUUAAUUGAUUAAUUUAAAAAUAAUAGUUUAUUGUUCGUUUAUUUAUUUUUUUUUUAGUAGGUAGAUAGUUAACAAGCAGAUAUAGUUGUGUAACUUUAAAACACGGCUACGAUUUACACAUUAAAAACAUACAAAAGGCAUUUUAAAGUGUUCUUAACUUAUUAUAACAUGUCAUACGAAUAAUUUAGAGCAGAAUAAUUCGGAGACAAUGUAAUUCAAGUUUGAAUUGUUUAAAUUAUUAAACUCUGUAUCGAAGGUUACCGAAGCUAUUGAAACUAAUGAGGUUGUCUUCUAAAUGUGGUUUCUAUGCGUCUCUUGGUAGGUAUUUUAGAACAUAUUAAAUAGGUUUAUUUUGCAAUAAGCAUGAUUUUAUCGACGAUUUUUCACCGUGGUGUUUGCCAUUUUUGUUUUUCUAACGGACAAUGCAUCAAAAAUAUGUUCGCAUAAACCAAACGAAAAUGCUUUUAAAAUCAGCUUUUAGAGUUAAAACAACUACUAUACAAUGUAUGUAUGUCAAUAUUUAGAGGAAAAUCUACCAUCUAGUUGACGCUUUACAAUUAUUGUGCUUUAGAUAUUGUACUCAUUAUUCGAAGGUAUACACAAAAUUGUAUUUUAUGUAUUAUUUUUUUUAAUAUACAUAGUUAUUAACUAGGUUUAGUAUUAUGAUAAUGUAAAAAUUGUAUAAUUGGUUAUAAUAUGUAUAUUGUAUAUAUAAUAAAACAAACGUCAAUUAAAUUGAAAAAAGUGACACAAUGAUCGAUCGCAAGACGUGUUGGAAAAUCUGCUAUGCUGCGUUUGUGUUUUAGAUAAAUAAAAAUAUUAUGAAUAUCCAAUUUCCUUAAUUUAUAGUGUCGCAUAACUAUUAUAAUUCUUGGAUAAUUAUUUAAUAAUUUAUUUACCGAAUAAAAAGAAAACGUUAGGUAAUUGAUGUUUCGUGUUAGGUUGCAUGAUGCAAAUUACCUGCACGCAUUCUUGUUUAUUUUUCGUUAUUUCUAUUUUGUAACAAUUAUUAUUAAUAUAAGAUGUUACUCACGGGUAAAAAUAGGAGUAAAAAUUAACAACACAAUAUUUUAUAUUAAUAAAUAGAACGACAACAUUUUUAUUUAAAAAUUAUAUAUUAAUCAAAAUAUAAAAGGCAAGCGAGAACCCCCGAAUACUGCAUUUUAGCGAGGGCCGAUAUAAUAAUUGUUGUGCAGUAUACUACACACAUUGGCGAAUAAAAAAACGGAUGCAAGUACUUUAUUUUAAUUAUUUUUGAUGGAAUAAAAAACGCCGCAUAAAAUAUUGCAGUAAACGUGUUAGAUUUGAUUAUUGAAUGGAAUAGAAGGGAUUUGAGGAUGUACUGUUGAAUAACUUCAAAAGAUAAAAUUUAGAAAAAAAAUAUGUAGGUAAUAGAUGUGAAAUACAGUUAAAUAAUGUCAAUAACUUCUAAAGAAACUGGUCAUUCAGAAACGUAUAAAAUGUACGUGCCUAAUGCGAGUGGCUUCUAACUACCAUUAGUUAGAACCCACCCGCGAGAUUGCAAAUAUUAUUUGUCUAUAAAAUUAUAAGGGAUAAUUUGUUGCUUUAAAAAUAAUUUUUUACGAAUACCAAUAUAACAUGUAUAGUUAACAUAUUAUGAUCAUAUAUUUUAAAUGUGUACUUAGAUAAAAUAGGUGCACUUGAAAUAGAGUAAACAAAAUAAUAUAAUAUAGGUGGUAUGAUAGUCAUAUUUUUUUGGGGUUUUUAAUUACUUAUUAAUUUCGUAUACAAAAUUUACAUUAUAACUUUGUUAUAUUCGUUUUCAAUUAUACUUCUCAAACGUUUGUUGUUUUCUUGCUCUAUUACGUAUCGAUUUGGCAGUGUUUGGAAACCUUAGUCUUUUAUUUCCAUUUUUUCAAUCGUACUAAUCAAAUCAUUUUUUUCUUUUGUUAACAACGUUGCGCGUUCUUUAAUGUUUAACAAUUUUCUGUCGCGCAACGAUAACUCUCCUGUUAGGGUUUUUAUUUGUUUAGAGAAUAUCCAGCCUCUUUUUCCAUUAAUUUCUGGUUUUCCGUUUCUAACAGCUUUAAUUUCGCAUUUAUUUUAUGUUUAUAAUCUUCUUUUGCCGUUUGAAGUUUGAUCUCAUUUAUAUCAAAUUUCUCAGAGUCGUCUUUAUUCGAUGGUUUUUCAAUACUUACACUAUUUUAUUCAUUCGUGAAUUUUCAGGCAUAAGACUUUCAUUGAACUCGUUUAUUAUAUCUAUAAUUUAUAAUUGUAAAUGAUUAUAGAUAGUACUUAAUUUGUUUCCAAUCGUCUCUGUUCGGUCGUCUGUUCUUUGUUAAACAUAUUUUUCAUCAAGUAUUCUCUAACAUCGUACAAAUCGCAGAAAUAAUUCGGUUCGAUGAUAAGUUUACGCCAAAAAUCAUACUUCACAUUAGUUCCAGAAAUGUCCAAUUAAUUUUUUCACACGUCUUCAAAAACUCCUUUUAUCGCUAAAUCUAAAUUUCGAUAACCAGUUGAAAAGUUAAUAUCCAGACUUGACGGUCGAUUUAGAUUAGAAACAGGAAUUGCAUGAUCUUUUUUCGACGCGUCGUCGUUUGAUUUUGAAAAUUUUAUUCCAAAAUGAUUUCCGACAAUAUUUUUUACCUAAACAACGUAUACAACAAUUUUAAUGUACCUUUAUUAUAAUAAUAGUGAUAGGUAAGGUAAAUACCCGUAGUGAAAAUAGAUCGUAUUUACCGUGGUCCCAAGAUCUUCGAGUUUCAAACCGUCGUCUUCCGAUUGUAGUUUCUUGAUCGUUUUGUAGCUUUGAAUUAAACUAUUACACUUUCAGUUGAAAUUUAUUUUGCGCGCUCUUAUAUAAAUUCAACUUGGCAUCUAUAGCUUUUUGAUUAUGAUCGUUUUUGUUCUUAUUUUUCGUUAUUACGUCGUUGCAGCGUAAAGACGUCACCAUUUUUAUUAUGAUCGCGGCAUCACAGUCUUAUGUGGAAAUUAUACGCGAAUCAUUUGAUCGAGCUAAUUGGUUUUUGCUAACGGUUAAUUUUAGACUGCUAUUUUCGUCUCCGUCAUUGAAUACCGAAUUUUGAAUCAUUUUUAAGUUUUUCGUACGGUUACAUUUUGUUUUUAAAUUAACGUAGAUAUUAUUUAAAACGACAAUAAUAACGAACACGUGAUUUCGAUUUCAACGUUGAAAAAAAAUUAACACUAAUGUAAUGUAAUCGAAUAUAAGUAGGUAUGAAUAAUAUUGUUUGUUUUGUUUAUAAGGCAAAACAAGAUAUUUUUUUCUUUAUACUGCAGCAAUAUUUCAAAAUCGACGUUAAAUAAUAAGUAACCGUUGUGUUUUUAGCGAACUUGGGAUGAUAUUUUACUUGAUAAACAAAUGAAGUACCAAUAUAUUUAAACUAUUUUUUUUCUACUAUUCGUAUUUAUAUAAAUUUAAAUCUGGCAACGGUUCCGAAAACAUUUUUUUAUGAUAUUAAAAGUUGCUGUGUUUUUGUCCACAGCUAUAAUAAUAGUUAUGUAUAUUUAUAAAAAACUAUGUAGGUAUAUUUAAACAAUUGUGGUUUUUAAACUAUACCUAAUUAAUGUCAUAUAAUUUUUGUAAUAUUGAAAUAUCUUUUAUUGUUUUUAAAUAUCCUUUUACAUUUUUUUUUAUGUUGCCAGUUUAAGUCAGUGACAGGUCAAGUCUUCAGAAAUGUAUACAUUUCUAUAAUGCAUUGUUGCACUCGAAUUGUAUUUAACCUUAAUCGUUUCAAUUUAACUGCUGUUUUGUUAUGCUGUUUAAAGUCCAUACAAAGGUUUACAAUUAAAUUACGUUUUUCAAACGUUCCAUUUUAUUUGCAUUUUAAUUGUAGCUGAAAUUAACCUAACCGGUAGAACAUGUAAAAGAAAGGGUCGCGCGUAAGAUUGUAACUUAUUAUAAUAUAAGUGUUCGAUUUAAUAAUCUUGAUGUACACGCUUAUUUGUCUGAGAAAUUAUGUAUAGAAAAUCCUGCGCAAGACGACCUAUCCUAAAAACAGUACUGAGAAAUUAUUUAAUUGUGUAAUCUACCCAUCAAGUCAAUUAUUGUGUGUCUGUAUUCAGAUACUUACAACUUGCGGGGCCCGAAGUAUAACUCUUUUAGCAGAGUCUACCAAACAAAAUGUGAUGCUUUCCACAUAAACACAAUAGCAUUCCCGUAGGCAGUAGCUUCUCCAUUUGAAAAUGUCAAAAUACGUAAAUAUUUUUACGUAAUACUUUUACCAGUACCUCGACUUUUACCCAACCAGUUACCUUUAUUUUAUCCGUAAAUAUGCUUUUUGUUAAUUUUAAUAGAUGGGCAUUGGGCACGUCCAAAAACAUAUUUUGUAUCGUACACACAUUUAUAUUGUGAUUAAAUUAUUGUAUAUUUUUAUAAAUAUUUAAUAUAUUAUUAUUGUUAGUAACUACACUUAUAACAGUAAUAAUUAAAAAUUAAUUUUUCUUAAUUUGAGGUCAGCAAAUGUGUCAAUAAUAUCAUCAAAGUCCAUUUCGUCUACUAUUUCACAUUCAAUAACUCAAUUAAUGUUAUUGUUUAAUUUUUUAAUUUAAUAUUUUAUUAUUUAAAUUUGAAUACACAGUUUUUAAUGAUUAUUAAGUAGCUAAAUUAUUUGACUUGCAAUUAUAAUAGUCAAAUAUACUUUAAAUUGUUACCUCAGAUUAAGAUGGCUUUUCAUUAUUGUAGAUGUGAACGUAAAGUUGCUAGAACUUGAAUUAUUUAUACUACAUUUACUAUUAGGUAUAUAUUUUAGUAUUUUACUCGCAGACUUUUUAGGUUUUAUUAUAAUAAAAUGGGUUUUUUUUUUUUUGUAUCUCCUAUUUUCAGUGUCUGCUUGGCCAAUGUCCUGUCGUGCGGUUUGGGGUGAGUUACAUUACAUUUUAUAAACCAACACGUUUUUUAAAUUUUAUCAAAUCACUCUUAUACACAUUUUUAGUUAUUCGCGCGGACACAACAUAUGUAAAUAUAUAAUAUGUAUAAAAUGCAUUUAAUACUUUGACAAUUAAAAAUAAUAUUUGAUUAUGUAUGUAAUGCAACAGAGCUAGUAGGUACAACUAUCUAGGGAAAAAAAACCCGUGUAAAAAUUCAGCGGGUUUGAUAAUAAUUAUAAGGAAACAAAAAAAAAAAAAAUUGUAUAUAUAUUUAACCACGGACAUAAAUUAACGAAUAUAAAUAUGUCAUAAAUAUUUAUCGUGAUUUGCUAUUUUUAAAACGGUGUUAUAUUAUGCGCGAACGAUAAUUUACGGAUUUUUUUUUUUUAAUUUUCUAAGCUCGGUUAUAAUAUUUAUGUGAUAAAACUUCGGCGCCGGAUGCCUGACACGAGUGUAUUUUGUACAGUGGUCAAUACGUUCCCCCACCCCCUUCGUUGGAUUCGAUACGGUCGUUUGGCACUUUAUAUGGUAUUUUCUAGAUUCUGAACUGCGAAUCCGCGAUUAUAGUUGUAACCAAGGCCCAAGGCUGGACAUUAUUAUAUUACAUUAACGAGUUAAAAAGUUUUGAUUCGGCUUUAAACGUUUGAUUUUUAAUUUACUUAAUAAAUAACUAUAAUUUUGAAUAAUUACACCGCCAUAUAUCGAUGAUUUUAAUUUUUUUUUUUUUUUUUUUUUUUCAUACUCAAUAACUGAAUAAUAUGUGAAUAAAAUAUUAUGACCUAUAGGAGGUACUUACCUAUAUUAUCUGAAAAUGCAACUCUGAGGGUUUGAUGAUUUUCAUUUUUCACUGUAAUAUAUUAUUAGCGUCAAAAAAUUAAUUUAUUUUAUUUUCAAAUUGUCUUUUAUAACUGAACUUAAUACAUAAUAAACAAUCGACUUAACUGAAUUAAUAUUAUAUCCAAUUAAGCUUUGGCAUCAACGUUUUUAUUUCUCGGAAAUCACUUUGGUGCCAUAAAACUGCAAUAGUGCAAAAAAAAAAAAUGUUCAAAUAUUUCAUUAUAUAUAAGUUUUGCUAUAACAAAUUGGUAAUCGUAUACUUUUAUGAUGUAAUGCUGGUAGGUAUAUCAAAUUUCCAAGUUCGAUUUCCGCGAGAAAAACGUUAACAUCGAGCGAUCGCGAGGUCACGUUUCGGUUAGAAAAACUUAAUAGACCUGUGUUAUUUGGUCUGAAAAUUCAUCGAAGUGAAAUUAUAAUUUUUUCUAUUAUUAUGUGAUCAAAAUAAUAUUCAAAAACACGAAAAACAAACACCAUUUACCGAUUAUUAUCCAUGUCGUCUAAUUAUUAACUUGUUUAGUCGUUUGCACACACGGCGGUGUGUAAAGAUCAGAAAAACAUUUGAAAAAGUACAUUAGGUCAAAUGAAUAAUACUUUGGAAUUUUGAACUAUACUUGUUUGAAUAAGUAUAAAAUAUAAUGCAUAGUACGCAUUAUAUUAUGUAUAAUUGUUAAAGCAUUAAAGGUAAAAUCGCGAAAUCAAUAAGUUUGAAGUACCUAUUAUAGCUUUGGUUUAGUGAUAUCGAAGACCGGCUCUAGAAAAAUGUAUACAUUGGCAAAAUUCAAAUUUGCCACCCUAUCGUUUUGCAUCUCUCUUAGUCGUAUCAUACAAAAACAAUGUUAACGUUCUAUGAAGAAGUUAAAAUUAAUUAGACUCCAUUUAAUUAUUAUAAUUGAAUUAAAGUAUAUACUAUUGUAAACAUAGCUUGCAUAUUAUUUUUAGACAGUUAACAGUGAACACUCGUUGACUAUUCAAAAUUAUGAGACCGAAUAAUUUUAAUAAUACGCUUUCAAUUAUCGUAACAUAAAUAAUAAUACCAAUUAAUAGGUACUACACACGUUAAUAUAAUGUAAUAUUUAUUAUCAAAAUUAUUAAUCGCUUUAUUAUACUCGUACGUGUAUACCGUCUCAACCAAAACUCCAUCUAGUUAACUGUCGGAUAUCAACUAUUAUCUUUAAAAAUACAAAUAUUAAAAUUAAACAAUUAACCUUUUAUUUUAUGUUCAUUAGUUUUUCGAAAGGGGUUUUCGGUUUUCGCACUUACCUAGGGACCAAUUUAAAUCCUCAGUACGGCUGUGUGCACACUAAGAAAAUUCGGCCGCUGGCGUUGUCUAAGCUGUCUGCGAUUUCCGCCGGCCCCGGUGACAUCGAUUUGUAUAAUUACUGUGCAAUUUCUAUUUUAGACAAUUUUCAUAUUUUAAGACCUUCUAUCUGUUUACAUUCAUUUUAUUUCCAUAAAAUACUUUUACCAUUUUUGUUUGUUUUGGUAUUUCGGUUGAAUAUUGGGUAAAAAUAUUUUGCCAAUGAAAGAUAUUUCAUGUCUACGGCGGGCCUUUGUUGUAGGUGGCAAGUCGGUGAGGUAAAGGAUAAAUAGGGAUACAUCGUUGUACUGGUAAAACGAUUAUGAGAAAAGUUCAAAUAAAUUUUGAUAAAUUUAAAAAAACACCAAACACUGAUGUGUUUUUUUCUGUCUUUAAGCCACUUUCGACCAGAAAUCUUACACCGAUAAUCAUUUUCAAGUUGAUCCUGGUUUUAUUAUGAUCUUAGUAAAACCAAUACAUUAUUGGUCUGUAUACGACCAGAGUCUAAAACAAAAUUGAAAAUUACAGAAACCGUCAUUGUGUACAUUUUCCUGGAUUUUACUAGACAUUGUUUGGAAAAUCCGUAAAUAAACCCCAUUGCACUGAUUAGUUAGGUAGGGUUAGGUUAGAUUAGGUUAAACAAAAACGGGCGGUUGACCGCCGCGUGCCAUGUGGCGAUUUAUCCAUAAACCAGUGGGUUCAAAAAUUUGUUCCGUAUACCGGUUUCAAUGUCGCUUGUCGUAUUUUUUUUUUAUAUAAUGGAAUUCCUAGUUUACCGAUUGCUGAAGAGAAAUCACCAGAUAUCACCGUUUCAUGAAGCAUACUGCAAUAAACGAAAUUUAGCUAGCCAGAAACCACCCUUGAAGUUGAUGAUCGAAGCAGAAUUUUUGUAGGUAGAAACGUUGUUCAAAUAGAAAAAAAAAACUAUCAGAUCAUAUUGAAACCAAUACAUUUCUCGGUACUCGCUGCAAUAUCAAAAGAAUGCCUCCUCCUUAGAAAACAUAAUGUUAAAAUUAUAACAAUUCCUUAUUUUCUUAAAUUUACUACCCAGCACUAUUUUUAUAAUAUUUGGAUUCCAAAUUGUUUUCACUUUAUUAUAUUGUAUCAGCCCGUCCAUCGCCUCCACAUGGGUACCUCGCGCAAAUUCUACCGGCCGUUUUAAACACUUUGACUCCGUUUUGCGGGUUGAUUAAUUGUUGUCCUCUGUUCGACAAUACAAUUAAUACUGUGGUAAUCAUUUUAUUGCUCUGUAAAUCGCGUGACCGACAAGUGAUAACCACUCGGCGUAAAGCUUUUAAGCCGUUUGGUCUGCGUGCAAUGCGUACACUUAUUGCAAAUUAACUUAUCGGACUUGUCCGGCACGUUGUUUUUCCAAUUCGUUUCUCUCUACAUGUAUACGCAUGUACGCAUAGCCGCCGCAACGCGGUUUACGUUUCCGCGUAAAGAUUAAUUCAUUCCAUUGUCCUCGCGAGCGACCGAAACGUGUGUGCUCGCGUGCGUGCGUUACAUCAUAUUUAACAAAAAAAAAAAAAAAAUCCUCGUUAGUUGCCGGGGACGAGCGACGCGACGGCGCGAUACGUCACCAACCGAACCCUGGCGCGGUGCGAAUAUUAACACGCGUCACAGCCGCGGCAGCACCGUCCGCGGGGCCCGUCGCGAGGACGGCGCGGUUGCGGCGCUUGCGCAGUGGUCACGGUCUACGGUAUCGGGCACUUGCGUUCUGCGCGCCGCGCCGUUAAAGGUUAUGCCAGUCGUCAACACACGGGAACGCACACGAUUAACAACAACAACAACAACAACAACAACCACAACAACAUCAUACAUAAUGUACGCGAAAAACGUAUCAUUACCCGGUUGACGGCUCAACGGACGUGGUGGUCAUCGUUGGUGGAGCUGUGCAGUAAUAUUGUAUACGUAAUCGCGUCGUGUGGCGGUGGUGGCGACGACGGUACAAUAAUAAAAUACGUAACAAUAAUAACACAGUCGUGUGUAAUAAAUAAAACAAAUUGACGGCAGAUAAACGGAGUAGUACCUGUCUAUAGGUAGUACGGACUAACUUACCACCGCGGAUAGUAUUACACACCUAAUAUCAUAUCGGUUAUAGAGGUCGAAGAGUAAUAAUAUAUGAGUAUUUCGUGUGUUUUUUUUUUCCGUUAUCGUUUUAUUAACUAAUACCGUUAUUACGCGGUCUCGUAAUGACUAAUAAUUAAUUGAUAUUAUCACCUAUAAUAUUUAAAUAUACCGACACCUUUUUUUUAUUUUUUAUUUUUUUUUCGUUUUUCGUCCGUAACAGUUACAACAGUGUGUGUGUGUGUGUGUGUGUGUAUGCGUGUGUUUGUAUUUUGUGGUGGUCGUCGACAUCGUAUUAUAGGUUCACACAGUUGUACCUAAACAUUCCGUCGCCGUCGUCGUUCUCGUCGUUUUUGUCAUAAUAACAAUCAUAAUCAUAACAAUAAUCUUAAUAAUAAUAACACAAUAGCACCACUACAUAUCGAUUAUUAUUGUCGAACAGCCCGGGAAAAACUAUCAUGCCGACGUACGUGUACAACAGAGGUAAUAAAUAAAUGAAUUACGAUUUACGAUAUAGGUACCUUAUAGUACGACCGUCGUUGUUUAAUCGAAUAAUGUUACAUGAACAAUGACGAUGUAAUGAUAACCCCGAGUGUUUAGAGUAAGUAAUAUUAACAUUACCCGAACGUUGUAAAUUGUUAUUGUAAUAUUGUGCACCCGGCCAAUAACUGCGAUUUAAUAACGUUGUGUUAUUGUGUGGUGCACAAUAUUAUUUCCACUGUUCGGCGUUAACGGUGAUAAAGCCGCGGUUCGCACUUUCGUGACACGCGCACGGCGCUCCAUUGAUCGGAGUAGCCAGGGCCAGCAGCAGCCCGCCUAUUCUAGAAUUUUCUGUCCGGUUGAUAACCGCAACGAAACGCGGCGCUCGUCCCCCUCGCGUGCGAUUUCGCGCCGAAUCGAGUGCGGCACAGGUAUUUUUCGCCCCUGCCGUUUGCGACAUUUCGUCCCACCGUGUUCGCGAAAACAAAGCACACCGUAGAAUUGCUGUUGACUGCCAGUCACCGACACGCAGUCGGUAACGGGGUCAACGGGCCGCGCCGGAUGCGCGUAAUAACUAAUAUUAAGUGAUCAUAAGACGUGUACGCCGGGCUACGGACGACUGUUAAGCGAAAAUUGUUCAAAAUUCGCCAAUUUGUUUUCGAAUAAUUUACUGAAAUCCAUUUGCGCCGAUGAUUCGACACUUAGUAUUCGCGUACACGAUAAUAUUUGUGUUCGAUUCAUCGUUAGGUGUCUGGUUGAUUUAAGCAGAAUACCUAUUAUAUUUGUUGCACCGACAAACAGUAAUAAGGUAAACGGCUUAACUUGUUUGUCAGUCGAUUGUCAUAGUUAUCAACUCCAAUAAGUUAAUUUUCUGUUAUCAGUAAUAGUAAUAAAUAGAAAAUUCCCAUAAAUUAUAAACAAAUUUAAUUUUUUUUUUUUUUAUUACGACGUUACCUAGUAGAAUAUAUUUCGUGAGUGUACAUUUAGCAUCAUUCCGGCAGUUUGCACGCUUCUGUUUACCAUUUACUCGUUGAUUAAUUUGUUCGGGUGUUCUAAAUCGUUUUGAAUUCGCAUCCAGUGGCGUAACGGGGCAGGGUGUUUUAGUGUUCGAACACCCCCCUUUGACUAUAUUUAUGUCAAAAGUUUCAAUUUGAACUAUAUGUAAUUAUGCAUCAUAUACAAGAUGUGUAACGCAUAGAUAAUUAUUAAAUAUAUGUAUGUUAUGUGUGUUACAUGCGCACAAAAAAGUUACAAAAUUACAAAACACCACUCUUAAAAAAUCAUGGUUACGCCACUGUUCGUAUCGUAUUCAAUAACUCAAGAACGCAAAUAAUGUCGACCCUUUAGUCAACCCGAAUCACCUUUGAAUGCCAAUGUCAUCAUCAUCAAAAUAUCAAGUUAUGAGUUCGACUCGACCCACUUAAGUUUCAGUUAACGUGUAUACUUAUCUUAAGUUUGACUUAAGGCAAUUUCAAUUUAAAAUUUUUGUCGGUGCAAUGCACUUGAGUUUUACGAGUUACUCAAAUAAUUUUAAGUGUAACGUAAAUAUCAAGUAGAAUAAAUGUAAAUGGCUAUAUACUUACGAGACUCGUUGUUAAAAUUAUGGCUAAGUGUAAGUUUUUAUUUACUGCAAGUGUUAUACAAAAUUACCAAAUAAAUUGAUUGUUUUUUACAAUAAAAUGUAAACGGCAUUUACAUAAAUUCGAUUUCGGUUUAUAUUACCCCGUCACUCGUCCCUAAUAUCUUAUGGUUUUCUAUGUCUGUCUUGCGCGUAAUGUAUAGCUACAAAGGCAUUUCGGAUUUUCACUUUUGCGUCUCUAUCCGAUUGGGUUGAAAGCAAAUUUUAUACCGUUUUAUAAAAAAAAUUAUUUACUUGGGUUUCUUCGAAUGAUUUUUUUUUUUUUUUAUAUUUUCAUUCGUUAAUAAUUUAUUAAUGCUUAUAAUCAGAGACCGGAUUAAUAUGUCCUUAAAAUCUACAAUAUCAAAAAGUACUUAAAAAUAUUCAAAAAAAAACAAAAGUGAUAAAGGAGUUUUAAAGUGCCCACUCUAACGGUUUUAACCCUAUUAAAUACAAUUUUCUAAUACUGACAAAUGAUUAACACAAAGCAUUUUUUUUAUAUAACAACUUAAGAGAAAUUAAGUUAAUACAAAACACGUAUAUCUCGAUAAAAAAAAAAAUGAAAAAUUUCACUCGUUGAAGCUCUAUUAAAUUAUAUUUAUUAUAGGUUAGGUUGUGCCCUAAACUCAACUACAAAACACAAAUAUCAUGAGACUCGUUAUUAGUAGCUUUUGAUGAACAUCGUGUGUUGUCUGAAAUAAUCGGACAGUCGGAAAUUUACACGUUUAGAAUUUUAAAUUUGAGCUUAUAUUCUCUGUGAUUAACGUACUUUCAAAAAUCAUCAGUAGUCCGAAUAUGUUUGAAAUUGAGAAAACACUAAACAAGUAUCUAAAAAUUAAACUAAUAUUAAAUAAUAAUAUUAUUUUAAUAUCGUUUUGUUAUUUAAAUUUUACCGAAGGUUUAAAAUAAUACAGGAGAGAUCAAAAUGUUUUCUUAGUGUCAUUAUUGCAGGGAUGAAAUGUUCUUUUUACCCGUACGUUGAAAGAUGCUGUUAUACGACACAAAUAAAUCUACGAAAAAAUGCUUGACGAUAAUCUGAGUAAAAACUAUCUCCAGAGUUAAAACUUGUAAAAACGAAUUGAAAGAUCGUAAUAACAUAUUUAAGUGUGGACAUUUUGGUAGAACACUUUAACUAUUAUGUUAGGUUUGGUUAGGAUAAAUAUUUAAAUGAAAUGUUUUUUUUUUUUUUAAAUGUCUGCAUUUUUAUUUCUAAAUUUUCGACAUUCGUCUUCGUUUCGGUAUUUAUACUUUUUCGAAUUGAUUAUGUAGUGUCCGGGAGAACCUCUUAACUUUUACUCGAGUUUUUAUCAAUAAAUAGUACAGAUAUAAAUUUAUUGUUCGUGUAAGGUACCUAUAAAAACUUACACAAACUUUCGUUUUUAGAUUCUGAAUGGAACAAAGAAUGUAUUGAUUUUACAAUGAUGUUUACUUUUUUUUUAUGCGAACACUUUUUCUACCAGGAAGCAUACUCCGAAUAUCAAGUACAGUACCUUUUCUGAAAGGAAAUUUUCUCUGAGUGGUAUUUUAAAGUGGUCAUUUUUUGAUAUUCUCAUUAAUAUUCAAGUGAUAUAUGAGGAAAACCUUGGUCUUUAGGUUGACCCACGUGCGAAGUAUGUUUCGCCUUUUUUUUUGUAAAUUUUAAACACAUCGGUUCAUUGUUAUCAGAUUCUAUUAUAAUAAAAUAUUCUGACGUAGGUACACAAUUUAAAAUACACUACUUUCGUUUUGUUAAAUUCUUUUUUAUUACCUAUAUCAUCAUACGUGGUUUUUUAAGUGUUUGUUUUUCCUCGUUCUUAUCAAAUAAGGUUUUUUCAAUUUUUUAUCAACGCUAAGCUUUUUGUUUAGUAUCCAUUUGAUUUCUGUAUCGAAAAGAUAUCAAAUAAUAUGUAUUGUACAUUGUUUAUUCGUUCAUUAUAAGUAUUAUUUUUUUCAGCCUUCUUUAAUUUAUACAUUUUUAUAUUAAAUUUCUAAAAACUUUGCAUACGUCUUUAAAGAAGACUAUUUCUAUUAUUUUCUUCUGUUGUAUAUUUAUGUAUGCUUUGGGCUCAAAAACAUUCACAGUAACCAUUUAUUUAAUUUAUACACAUUUUAUUUGUUAAUUAUUAUAGGUAUAAGUAUAGGUAUUAUUCAAUUUGACUCAAAUCCGUUCAGUUGUCUAUUGUUAAGUAUUAAAAAUAUAGGACGUGGAACCCAUAAUAAAUUAUAGGCAAAUUUCGAAAAAUUUGCCAAAAAACGAAAAUUAAUCAACUCGAAGAUAUUCGAAUUUACUUUGAAUUACAAUUAUUAUUUAUUAUGUAAUUCGACUAGACUAUUUCCGUAUUUAUAGUAGAGGUAGGUAUCAAAUCAUAAUGUGUUAUGUAAAUUUGGUAGCUUUAUUAUAAAUAAGGAAAGAGUUUAGUUGAUUUUACAAUCCAAUUACAUCACGUCCUCUUACUGUUUUCUCUAUAAUACAACAUCGUAUAGAUCACAGAAAAUAUUCGGUCCUAAGAUUACAUUAUAUCCAUUUUAUAAGAGGUACUCCAUAAUAGUUUCAGAAAUUGUCUAAUAAUUUGUCGGUAUAUUAUGAAUUUUUGCCAAGCCUAUAAUUUGUAUGGAUGUUCAAUAUCAUGAUAGUUAAUUAAGACUGUACAGUUCUAACAACUUUUACAAACGAUUGUUUUUCAACGCGACACGUAUUUGAUUUUGGAAAUUUUAUUUCAAACUAUGUUUAACUUGAAAAUACAAUAAUUGUAUAGGUACUACUAAUAUUGUAGAAAUAAAUUUGAUAUACAGAUUUUAUAUGGUGUACUGUAUAGGGUAGUUAACGUAUUUUUUUUCCGACACAAACCGCGAAAAUUAAAUCACACUGUUCACAUAUUUUCGAUUGGUGAAAAAUCUUCUACUCCAGCUCGUUACCGAAAAAAAACCAGUAUUACAGGUUCAAUAAUAAAACAUUAAAAUAAUAUAAUAAUAUAAUCUCUGUGACAAUAUCUGUAUUGUACUAAAUUAUUUUAGCAUACUUACUACCAGGGACACGCAACAACAUUUCUUGAUGGAGUGCCAAAAUGCAUAAAACUAUCGUGGCGGAUCAAUUUAUUGCCUUCGUUUAUUUACAAUAUUGUUAGCCAAAAAAAAAUUGUUUUCUUCUCAACACCCGCUUAUUUAUGAUAAUUACAUUUCUCCAGUAUACGUAUACCUAUCAAUUAUUAAGUUUAUGAAUAAGAAUAUAAAUAUAUUGUUUGUUUUUUUUUUUUUUUUACUUUACUAGUUUUUUCCCCUACAUCAUUACGUGUCAUAGGAACAUGAGGGAAAUAAAAAUGUAUUAGCUUCGUCGGAAAGAAUUUCUUAUUAUAUUAGAUGCUGUUAUAUGUUAUCUUGCAUUGCUAAUGAAGUUUCAAGUUUCAUCCGCAAUAAUAUUAUUGUGUUGUGUUGCGUUAUGAAAUAAUUGUACGUAAUUUCAGGAGGAAACUCGUUCGGACACAUAAUAUUUUAUACUAUACGAAGGCCCAAGACGUUACGUUUUGCCGUAUGUCCACGUUGUAAACCUUUUUUUUUUACGUCCAUGGUAAUUUUUUAACUGGUAAAUCAUAAUUUCUUUCACCACAAAACUCAUAUUAUCAAAAUAUUAAUGAUCGUGAUAAACUCGCAGUUUCCAAGAUGGUCACUGAUGUUCGAUGAAUCUUUUACGGUUUAGAAAAUUAUUUAGGUACUCUAUAACGUGUUAACAUGUUACAACUCUAUUAAACCUUUUUUUUCUUAAAUAUUUUUUUUUUUUAAUUUUGAGCGUAAUUGCGUAGUUUUACUAGCAAGUGUUUUUUAUCCACGGAAAAUUUUGUUUUCAAUUAAUAAAAAAUGUAAAAAUACUGACAAAAAGAUUUUAUUUUCAAUAAUUUUUAUGUUACCUUGACCCUUGACUGUAAGAAAAAGCAUGGUUAUAAAAUAUCGUAAUUAGUAGAUAUAAUCCUAAAAGUUUGCCGAGCUCCGCUCAGAAUUUCGUGUUGAUUGUGAUGAUUUAUCGUGGCUUUCAAUACAUAAAGUUGAACAUCAUCAUUUUUAAAUUACCUACAACUUUAAUUUAAUACAAUAAUGAUACGACUAGAUUCUACUAAAAAAUAAUGAUUUAACAUUAAGUAUAAUAAUACUAUACAGUUAUUAUAUAAAUGUCACAUUAUUAUAGUUCAUUACAGUCUAUUACAUUAUUAUAUUUAUUAUUACCUGUAAAAUUUGUAUAGGCAAACGAAGUUAUCUAGUUUUAUUCUAAAUCGUAAAAAAUUUUAAUGGACAGAUUAUUUUAAAGUUCAUGUGUUAAUAGUAUUUGUAUCUACUAAAAAUUCUAUACAAUUUUAGCCUAGACAAUCAUAAGCCAAACUCUUUUGGAAAUCGUAUAAAAAAAUAACUUAAAUUGGGUACUUAAACGAGUCAUCAAUUUAUAAUUUAUGUUUAAAAAAAUGCAAAAUUAACUUAUUUUUUCUUCUUUAAUAGUUUAAAAACAAUAUAAAAUGAGUUUAUUUUCCUAAAAUAAUAAAAAUUAAUUACCUAGUCGGUUACCAUAAUAUACUAAAAAAGAUAUUUUCUACACUCUAUUAGAACUUAAUAUACUAAAUGACUAAACUACUUAACCACACUAUAAUAAAAAUACUUGCAUAUUUUUGUAUGUAAAAAUAUUAUUCAAAAUUUAUUUUAUGUUAAAACAAUUAAAACCACUUAAGAACUUCAACUAAAGUCGACUUAACAUUCUUGCUUGUGACUUAGCAAAUUUUAACAAACAUUUCAAUCAUUUUUUUUUUCAUAUUUAGGGAACCCAAACUUUCACGACUCGUACAGUGAUUGAUUUCGAUAAUUUUUUUAAUUUCUCAGAUUAACAAGUAUUAAAAAGUAUUUAUUUUAUUAAGAUGUGUUAUUUUAAAGGGGUAUUUAUUAUAUUAUAUUUAAAAACUAUUCAACCGGAUGUCUUACAAUCAAAAACUUUAUAGAAACUUUCUUCUAGAAUUUUUGAUUUAGUUGGUACGUUAGGAGGUCAUUCUUUGAUUUCCCUUGCAAUUAUUUUAUUUAUUUAUGCACAUGACAUUUUCGGCUAGUCGAUAAUACAAGUUACAAUGGUAACAAUAAUAAUUACAAAAUAAAAUAGUAAAUAAAUAAGUAAAUAAAACAUGUAACAUCAAAACAAUAGUCAAAAUAAUAAUAAUAAUAAUUAAAAAAUAUAAAAUAACUUAGAAAUAAAAUAAAUAAAUCAAUAACAGUGUAGAUAAUAAUAAUAACGACAUUAACAGCGGUAGUUAUAGUUCCUUAACAAUGUAUUUAAUAAAUGGGAAAAACUGGCAAAUUGUUUGUAUAAUUUGUGUUAAUUUCUGGCUUAUCUUAGUAAUCUGGGAAAAAACAAUGCUUUAAUAAUACUUUUUUUAGAAUUGUAUUUCGUUAACAGUGGUUUUUAUCGUCUCGUAUAGGUGUAAAUUAAAUUAAUUUAUGUAUCCACUCUUCCAGUUUCCCUUCUAAAACAGGAGCACACUCAGCGGUAUUCGCUUUUUUUCUUAUAGAAAAGAGGAAAAACUUUCUAUAAUGGACUUCCAUUUUUUUAAUAUUCAAUAUUUCAAUCAAAAGUUACAAUAAAGAAAUAUUUAAAAAAAACCUGUGCAAAUUGAUUAUAUUCACUCUGAUUAUCGCAUUUAAAAAUAUAAUUUUUAAAAAAGGCGCUUUGUUAGAAGUUGUUCGUUUUAAUAAAUUAAAAAAUACUAUCAAAAUUUAAUCACUUUAUGAGACAUAAGAGUUUUCGUGUAAAGCGUGCAUGAGUAAAAAAAAAAAUAACCAGACACUCGCAAGGUCUUUAACAUUAUAAUUAAAUUGGUAGAACUAUUUUUUAAAACUUAUCUGCAUUUUCAAUUUGCAAAAAAUCACGAACAGGACCGUUAAGUUAAAACUCAAAAGUAUAAACCUCAUUAUAAGUUUAAUUGUCGAGUUCUCGUGUCUUCGGCUCUUAGACUUGUAUUAAAUAUUUUGUACUUCUUUUUUUAAAACUGGGAAUAUAUUUAAUCAAAAAUUCUGUUCCGGGAACAUUUUAUCGAAGCCGGAACUUACCGCAGCCCUAUAAAUGCGUACGUGAGUUCAUACCAGUCCAAACGAUAUACCGUCGUUGACCGCCACGGUAACCCGGUAACCGUUUUUUUUUUCCGGAAUAUCUACCCGUCCUUACUUUACUGCGUAAUCAACAAAUUAUCUCUCCACCAGGAAUUUUAAUAAUCUCGUUGUUAUUGUAUACCCAUAAUAAUUAACCGGAAUUCUGCAGGUGUUUAUAGGUGUGGCAUACACCUAUUAAUAUUAUAUAUACCUAGGCAAUGCUAUAUUUAAGUCUUGAAAAUAUGCGCGUGUCGUAUUACGCUAUAAUAAUAUAUGAAUACAGUUAUUUUUCAUUGUAAAUGUCCGUGAAAAAAAAAAAAAUAAUGAUUUUCCUUACUACAUUAAUUUCUCUGGGGAAAUAUUUUGAAUUAUUUAAAUUUGUUCAAUAUUAUAUUGUCGCACGGACCUGUACAUAUUAUCUGCAACUCGUUCGAAAAAUGUCUUUUUAGAUUAUGUUGGGAUUUUCUGCAAUCGUGACUUUGUUCUAGGAAUCAUUGAUUGAUAUUGUAUAAUCUAUAUUCAGCUUGUAUUUCACGUUUUUUUUUUCUUUCUUCUUUUCUAUUAUAGGUACUGGAAGAUUUUCGGUCCCACGCCACUGCAUGAAAGUUUACCUAAUAAUACAAUAAUAGCUAUUGUGUUUUCAAUUUACGCGCGCGGCGUGUUUAUAAAGUCAAAAGUAGGUAAUGGUUUUAUCCCUAAAAAUAAGGGUGACAAAAAAUAACAUAAUUAUAAAAUUGUAAAGCAGCUCUCUUAAAUGUUCUAGAAAAAAAUUCCGAGAUACUUUCCGAGAUGUGAGUGUACCCACUUAAAUGGAUCAUCCGGUAUAUUAUUAUAGGGGUAGAGUGGCAAAAACUGACGAAAGGUCUGCCUAAAUAUAGUAUAGAAAAAUUAUAAAAAAUAGUACUUUAUAUAAUAUAUAUGUAAGUGAUUUUUUUUUAUCACAAUCCAGCUAUUAUUUACGAAAAUGUUGAGUAAAAUAUUACUUUAUUAGACUUUGUUUUUUUUUUUUUGGAUAUGAAUAUUUUCACACUUCCUUAUUUCUCCAUAUUAAACUGUUAUAUUCGCGAUAUCGGUGUUACGCACAUCAAACUACUUAGAAAAAUAUGCUUACGCCGAAACUUUGUUGAACAAGGGGGUCGCCAUUUGAAAAUCAAAAGUAAAUAUUCAUGGUGUAAGGAGUAGGGGUGAACAUUUAAAUAUGAUGUUAAAAUACAUUUUUCUAUACCCUCUGACUGUACCAAUUUUCAAAAUCAUCCCCGUUGUAGGCGUCAUAUUAUAUAUAAUAUAUUAUACUUGACGAUUAUACAAAUAUUAUAUAAUUCAAAAUGAAAUUGAUAAUUCGUCCUUUUGUUAUUACCUAUUUUUAUUUUAAUCGAUUUAAAUUCUUUUGGGUUUUUUUUUUUUUUUUUUUUUAUUAUUGUUAUUUAAUUUGAUUCCGACAAUUAUGUAUUAGUAAUAAUUAUUAUAAAUUCACGAAAACACAUGAUAUCGUGCCAUUAACCACAUUGCCACGGUAACCGCGAGCGAUUAUCUUCUAUGCAUUUUGUAUAGAUAUGUUUAAACUAUGUAUUGCGUGUGAUAAUAUUAGUAAUUUUUGUUUUGCCGGAUAAUUAUUGUUGAGAGACCAAGGCUAUUUUCGUGUUAAUUCGGCCUCGAUGCAAAUGAUGCAUGAUACAUAAUAAUGUGAUAAUAUGAGAAUUAUUUUGAAAACAAUGUUAUCAGGUAAGAUAUGAACUUAUAUAGUGUUUCACUCAAUAAUAUACACCCCUCUGAGUAUAUCAUCGCCCAAAUGUUGUAACGUGCGAUAUUUCUUUAUCCAUUUUAUAGAAAAACGGUUUAGAAAAAAAAAAAAAACCAAAAGAAUGCGAUAAUUAUACGAUUUGUAGCAGGAAUUAUAUAACUUAGUACCCUCCCAUAGCAAUGUUAUUAGUAGUGACUCGUUGGCAUAAUAUUAACAAAACGUACAUGGGCUCUGCGCUACACAGAAAAUAAGACAAUUUAAAUAGCUAAUUCACGUAAUUCACUAUUCGAAAUCGGUAACUUAUCACAAUUUACAAACUUCUGUAUGACAUCUGAUGGUGUUUCAAUGAAAAACACGAUGUCCAUAUAAUCAACGUUGUCUGGUUCGAAUCCGACAAUCAUAGGCUAAAAUUAUUUCAUUAUUUUCCAUAGUUAUUCCUUCUUUAACUCAUGGGUUUUCAUUGAUUAGUUUUUAAGUUCACAAUAGGCUAGAUUAGGUGUCCUAACAUAAUCUACUAACUUAAUCAUUAACUUUCUUCGCUAUUAUAUUAAAUAAGUAUUUAUAUGGAAUUAAAUAUAAUUGACAUGAUAUGAGAUAGUAGAGAAACAACCAAUACCCUCAAAUAUUUCGACACUCUACCUCUUGACCAUAACUGGUACAACUAAAAUAAAAGCACGUCUAGUUCCUAACUAACAUAAUAUUUAUGUUUUAUUUUAGAUUCUGAGUGGAGCGAGGAAUGUAUUCGUUUUACAAUUAUGUUUAUUUCUUUUCUUUUUUUUUCUAAUGUAAACACUUUCUACCAAAAAGCCUACUCUGAUUAUCAAGUACAACACCUUUUCUGAAAGAAAAUGUUCUCUGGGUGGUACUUUAAAGAGGACAUUUUUUGAAAUUCUCAUUAAUAUUCGAAAUAAUAAGGAAAACCUGGUGCUUUAUGUUAGAAAAGAUUGAAAGAUUAAAAAUAAGGUUGUCGUUGGCAACCGUUUUUAUUUACUUUUUGUUAUUAUUAAGUUUUUAUUAUUUUAAUAUUUUUUAAACAAUCAUUGUUGUCAUGGAAAAACACAUUGUUGAAAUAAUUUUUCCAUAAUAUUACAUAUGUAUUGCUGACAAAAUACCAAUAUCAACUGAACUCCGCUUAGAAUCAUUUAUUUGUUAGCAAUGGUUUAUCAUUGCUUAUAGAUAUACAUUAAAUUCUUGUCUGUAUCCUAUCUUUCCAACUUCCCACCUACAACAGUAACUGCGCCCACAUGCGAAGUAUGUCCGUUCUUUUUUAUUUUUAAUUCUUAUAUAUAUAUAUAUAUAUAUAUAUAUGACGCUUUUACCCCUACUUUUACUUUUCGAUUUUAACUUGGAAACAAUUGAAGGCCUCUGAAGAGUUAUUCUACUUCAGUCCAAUAUAUCUUAGUUCAUGAUUUCAUCUAUCCCCAUGGUGACUUUUCAUUGACUAGGUCUAUUAGUAGUUAUUUAGUUAGUUGGUUAUACUUAGGACACUUUCUUCCUUGGAGAAAUAUCAAAUUUCAACUAACAUAAUUUGUUUAAAUUAAUUUAUUAUCAUUUAUUCGUAUUUCUUAGAUUAGUAAGAAUCCCUAUUAAAAGGGCUGCAAAUCUUUAAAUUGGCCUAUGAAAUUGCUUAAUUUUUUGUGCAGUGUCGAUACUACGUACAUAUAGUAUAUACUUUGUUUAUAAUAUGCCGAAAAAUAUUUCAAAUAAAGUAUCAUUGGACAGGAACUUCGUAUUUUCUGCAGUGUUCAAUACUCAAAAUUUAAAAGUUAAUUAUUAAAACAAAAAAUUUAUCAUCUCUCUUAUGGGAAAAACAUUAGAUGGAUUUAUACUUGUAUGUUGAUACGUUUUAGUCGUUAUGUAAUAAUUGAGAAUAAUGAAUCAAUAUGCAUUUCAAAAAAAUCCGCUGCGAAAUAUUAACUAAACUUCAGCCAAAAGAGAUAUUCAUGUUAAAAAAAAUGUAAAAUACCGUUUUUAUACCUCGAAUGAUGAGUCGAAUAUUUAAAGAAUUGUAAAACGCUAAAGAAAUUUGAAGAAUGGUAUAUUACACAAAUAAUUGUAUGUUAUGUGUUUUAUCUCGAAACCCAUUUUGAAAUGUUCUUUUUAAACUUAUUUCAUAACUGCACAGUGUAUAUGCAAACAGUUUGUACUCAAGAAAUUACUCGUAUAAAUAUUGUGUUCUGAUACGUAUUAUAUUUGAAAAUAUUUUCGUGUUUAACACGUUUUUAUUAUUUUCGAAAAUUGUCUAUAUCAACUUCUUCGACACUGCAGGGCACGAUGGACACGUAAAGUCCAUUUAUAAAUUGUGUUCAAUAAUUUUACACUAGUAAAUUUGAUUUAAUUUUGUUGACGGUUGAACGGUGUGUUUUAUUCCAUAUCCAUGAAAUCUCGGUUUUCUCGCUGUUUAAUGGUUUUUAAGGAGUUUGGUAUAGGCAAUAGUGUGUACGUACGUACAGCGGUGUACGUCACAUAAUACCUAUAUUUAGAUUGACGUGCCAUUAACUCGCAUGUAUUAUUAUCAUCUCGCGAGUUAUUGUAUUAUUCGUAAUCGUAUGCAUCCGGGGUUGUCAUCGACCGCGGACCUCGUAGCUCGAUGUGAAAUGUAUUAAAUUGUUUAAUUUUAACGAUUGUAUUUAAAGUAGUUGAAAGCGUACAACGUGUUUUAACACAAAUUACGAAGUACUACGGUUCGGGACGAAAGAGCACUGAUGAACAGCAGAGUUAUAAUGUUCAUAGUAUUAUAUUUAUUUUAGUCAAUUUUGGCCGCGUUAAACUGUUUUGACGAGUCGGGUGCAACGCACAUCGAUGUAGUGUAGCGGUGGUGUAGCGAGAAAGUGUAGUAGUGAAAACGCCGCGAAAAGCGCUUAAACACGCAUCGGUGCGAUGUGGCGUGAUAGCGCCGGCGUGGCGUAAAUAACCAGCAUAGAUAAUACCGUGAAAUAUUUCACGUUUUAAAAAUCCAUUUUUUUCACCAAAAACACCGCAGCGAAAACACCACCAAACGACCGGUUCGUGCGGUGCGGAUUUUUCGCGCCACCGCCGCACUAUCGCCACACCGCACCAGUGUGCGCAUUCACAUUAUGGACACACGAGUAGUAUAAAUAUUUUUUUCAUUGCAAGUGGCGGUGGCCGUAAAAACGCUACCGCCACACUACACUGGUGUGCGUUGCGCCUUGCCCUACGCUCUCUGCCAGCAUUCAUUUUGCCCUGUCGUACGCUGUGAAUAUUUCUCGGCGGCGCGCGGCAGCCUCAUUGAAAUUCUUUCAAUUAGCAUAAUAUGCUAUAAUAUUGUUGUAGCUUAUUAUUAAAUAAUAAAUUACCGAAUCACUUAAAAUCUGAGCGUGUUUUAUUUGGAAACAAAAGUAUGAGCCUGAAAAUAUAUGAAAUGUUGUUCAUCGGACCGCGUAUAAUAAUGUUCAAUUAAUUAUUUUUAAUUUUACCGCGAUAAUAUUGUACUAUACAAUUUUGAAAAAAAAAAAAAUGUUUGUUAUGUAGGUAUAUAAUUCUUGCUAAAUUAUAAAUUGAUAACAAAUCUCGUAAAAAAUUACAUUAGCGAGUAAUAGGUGACUUAUAAAAUAAAAGUGAAUCAAUCAAUGUUAAACGUUUAAAAAUAUAUAGGUAAAAAUAUUGUUUUUUUUUUUUUUUUAUAUAUUAUUGUAUUAAUUUGGAUGCUUAGUUUGCGUUUUACAUCGGACACAUUUAUUAUACCAUUCCUUUCUGGCGCAAACACUCAAACAUUGAUAAUUAAGUGUUCCACCACUACAUAGAAACACAAUAUUCCUCGUUAAUAAUUGUAUAGCCGUCUGACUUCUCUAUUUUGUUUUAUUUUUAAUUAUCGAUCGAAAUAAAAAAAAACCACAAUAGUAAUGAUAAUUUACAAUGUCAAAAUAUUCAGUGCUGUUGAAUUUCGAUUCAUUGAUAGAAUAUGACUGUACAAUAUUAAGUACCCGUGCGCGUAUUAACGUUUUAUAAUUGAAACGAACCACAGAUGCAAAUGGAAUCCUCUGAAUAGCUCUUCGAUUGUUUACCAAAAAUGUAUAAUAUUCAUAAAAUAACUCCGAUGGUGACAAUAAAAAAAUGGCUAAUACUUUCUAUUACACUCGAGUAAAUUUGUUCACUGUUGGUCCAAAUCUGACUCUGCUCCAACUGACCCUAGGAAUUUUAAGUAUCCUAAGUGUAAACAUAAAACUGUCAUUUAUUCAAUGAAAAACCACCACGGUUUUAAAUAAAAUAGAGGAGAAAUGAAAAAACUUAACGCUUCAAAAGAAUUUAGUGUUCUAUGUCAAUUCAAAACCAAGACGAGUUUUCAUAAAAAAAAAAAAAAAAACAAAAAGAUUGAUUGACUCCAUCAGAAAUUCAGAACGUAUAUUUUCAAGUAUAGUAAAUAAAUAUAUAAAUAAAAAUGUGUAUACAGUGUGUCCCACCGUGUUUGACGGAUUUUUCUGGAGCUAUUAAUAUUAAAUAUUUUUCAAUUUUUUAAUAAUAAUAAUAACAGCUAUAGAAAAAUCUGUAAAAGUGUAAAACGCGACUGAAUAUAAAAAAUUGAAUGAAGGAAUACAUAAAAAAAAAAAAAAAUUACAUUAAUUAAUCGUUUUAUAUAGAAAUAAUUUAUUUUAAUAGGAGAGAUUAUUUAAAAUGGGUUAUUAUUAUACAUAUAUAUGUUAUGAAAUAUAAAUCAUUUAGUUUUUUUUUAUUAUCUAAACUGUAUUGAUUUAAGAUAUUAUUUUUAAAACCCUAUUAAAAUUAUUUUUCUUUAUUUCACGGUGUAUAUAUAUAUAUACAUAUAUAUAUAUAUAUAUGUAAUUCUUAUAUAACUGAAUUUAUUUAAAUGUUAUUUUAGGUACUUAAUAUCUCUAAGUCUGUAUUAAUAUGAAAGCUUAUAUUAUGGUUGUUUUCUAAAACAUAUUAAGCGAAAUUUGAAUUAGGAGCCGUCUUUUUUAAUUUUAUUUCAGAAAUGUGUUCUUUAGAUCUUAUUUUAAAAUUUCUAUUUGUCUUACCUGUUCCAAUUUAUUACAGUUACAUUUAAGUUUAUAUAUGCCAGCAUUUUCAAAAGAAGGGAGAUUUUUGUGAAGUUUUUAGAGAUAUUAAAUACCCAUCAAAUAUCCUAUAUCAAUACAUUUUAUAUAAUAAACAAUAACUAAAUGAUUUAUAUUUAUUAACAUUUCUAUGUCUAAUACUACCUAACCCAUUUUAAAUAAUCUCUCUUAUUAAAAUAACUUAUUUCUAUGUAAAAUGACCAAUUUGUAUAAUUUUUUUUUCCAUGUACCUAUUCCUUCAUUUAAUUUUUUUAUAUUCAGUCGCAUUUUACAUUUUGACUAUGAUGUACCUGAUGAAUUUUUAAUUCGAAACCGGUCGUAUAAUACACUUAUCAUUAUACUCCAGGUGACGCAUUCAUUCAUUUAUUUUUUAUUUUUAUAUAUACACUUUUUAUUUAUAUAUUUAUUUACGAGUAUUAACCAUUUCAUAUAAUUCUGUUUUUACUUUAUUAUUUUAUUGUAUAUUUUCAGCUUUUCUAUUUAAGACUCAAUUUGUGGUUUAUUUCAAGUAGGGAAGGUUAAUACGCACCCGUGUUGUCUCUCACUUUUGAACAAAUACAAAUAGGUCGUUUGGCAGUAUAAUUAUUACCAUUAUGCGUUAUACGUGGGGAUACAUAUACGAGUUUUUUUUUAUGCUUCUAUGUUCCGUAUUCCGUACGAUAAUUUAGGUAAACGGAGUGUAAUAAUGUGUAGAAUUUUUAGACUGACAGAAGCGAGAAAUAUUGUAGUGGUUUUAUAAUAUAGUAAUGAAAUGAUGGAUAGUUUUUUUUUUUUAUCUACAUCAACAAAUUUUCAACUAGGAAUCUUGCUCCCGUCAUCAACUUCAAAGGUAGUUUCUGGUAGUUAGUUUUUACUAGUUGAUGUAUUCAGCGGCAUAGUCAGGGGUUGAGGGGAACAUACUCCUGUCUCAUUUUUCGUAUUUUUUUUAAAAAUAAUUUGCCAUAAUAAUUUCAUGUUUAUAUUACUUAAACCUUUAUAGUAUUUAGAUCUCAGCGUAACGAGGAAUUAAUUGGUUUUACUGUGAUGCAUUUUUUUCGGCCUGUCUGUUAAUGACUUUUCUACCAAAAAUCUUGUUCCAAUCGAACAAGACGAGAGCUUUUUUGUAGCAAAUUUUGUCAAGUUGGAAAAUUGAAAAAGUUAUUUUUUGAUCUUUCGCAUUGUUCAUAGUAUUGAGGGGGGGGAGUAUUUACGCAUUAACGAUUUUGUGAUUUAAGAUUUUGUUUUUUUCGUUGCAUUGUUGAAAUAUAAUACAUUAAUACAGCCAACACUUGUUUUUAAUGUAAAUAAAAAUAAUAUUUUUGAAAUAUAAAUUAUUUUUCAGGACCCUUCUCCCUCCUGUCAUAAAAAAAAAAAAUUAUUCAAUUUACCACACUGGAUCAAAUUGAUAUUUUUCAUAAUUUUCUCGUUAAUACCGCAGUGUCGUCGGUUGUAUGUCCUCUCGCUUGUUAUCAUCAAUAUAGUGUCGAUAAAACGCGACAUCGCAUGGUAUUUGCAUAUUAUAUUAUUGUUCGAUGACAAACAAACUUUAUCAUCGUUUUAAAUUUACAAUGUGACUUUAUGCAAAUAUAUACUUACGCGCUAUAUUUACCCUAUGUGAGUAAACUUUCGGCGAGUUUGUUUUAAAUUUAUCAUAAUAAAUUUCAUAUUCAAAAGACAUCGGUCCAACAUUGACAUGGAUUACGAAUUAAAAUACGAGCAUAUACAAUAAAGUAUAACGUUACUAUACGUCGGUAUCACGAGGCCUUUUGUUUCUCCAACAUAAUUUACGACUUUUACCUUUUCAAUUUUAUAAUUUUGUCCGAAUGAAUAACGAAACAUGAAAAGUCGUAAACUGUGUCAGUGGAAUAGGCCCAUUCAAGGGGAUUGGCUAUUACCGAUGUUUUUUCUCUUUUUCAAACACAUAAUGUAUGCGCAUCGACACACGUUGAUUUAGUUUUUUUUUUUUCAACCGAUAUAGUAUAGCGUUGAUAAGAAUUCUGAAAACUGGUUCAGCGUGAAAUGUACAUGAGAUCGGUCAGGUCACGUUUUUUAUUAUCAUUUUAGUUUUUAUACAUUUUAAUAAGUUGUAUUACUUUGAAAUUGAUAAACAGAAAUUCUAUAAAAAUGGUAUGAUCGACUAAAGGAUUUUUUUUUUUAAAUUCUAAUAUUGUUGUUAAAUAUUUUCAAUGAAUUUUGGUACCCUAAUAUAGGGAACGAAUAAAUUAUUUUUGGUUUGUACUUGUAUUAUUAUUUGAAAACGAAAUAUUACAAUUAAUUUCGAAACACUGCAUUUAGAUUUAUCCACUGAUCAACAUACUUAAUUGUUGUUCUUGUAUCAAUUAUAAAUCAUAUUAUAAUAUUUAUAUUACAGCGAUAUUAAAAAAAAAAAAAUAAUACAAAUCUUAUUCAAUAAAAUGAAUUUGGUUAACAAGAAAUUGUUUAAUACGUAUAUUGAUUAGGUAUAUUUAUACCUAUACAAACGCGAUUUUGGUUUUUUUUUUUUUCUUAAAUUAAAUUUAAAUCAAAUAACAGCUCGUUAUUAUAAUAUAUACAGGAUGAUUUAAUAUUGGUUCUCAUUUGAUAAACCAAAGUUGGUAUUACCGCAGGAUACUCCUUAAAUGUUGUGAAAAAUCUAAGUAAAUAAUUCGAAAAUAUCGGCUUUAACUACACUUAAAAAUUACAAAAAUCAGAAUUUGAAUAUAUGCAAAAUUUAACCAAAAAAAUAGGGUGAAUACGCUUAGUGAAUCAUCCUGUAUGUACAAUGUACGUGCGUGACCCGGCAAUAUAACUUUCAAUUAAAAAAUAAGUGGCCAAAUGGAGAUGAUGAUGAAUAAUAAAUCACCCCAAAUUAUGGGUGAAGUACAUCUCAUUUCAUUAUCUCGAAAUAAUAAUCUGUAAUUUUGUAACAAAUCAUAUAUUAUAUUAAAUGCGACAAUUAUCGUGUAUAAGUUCGAAUAUUCAAAGCCUUAAAAAAAAAAAAAUACGAUCAACUAAUAUUAUAUUUAAAAUUUAACGAAAAAAUUGAUUAUUUCCGUAAAAAAUUAAUUACAACUAUUAUAAUAUAUCUAUAAAUAAACUCUUUUAAAUUUUGAGUGAAACAAGUGAAUGAUCUUUAUUUUUUUUAUUAAACUGUGUACACAAUUUUACCAGAAAUCUUACUCUAGUGUAUUAAGUGCAACAUAUUUUCUGGAAUGGAAUUUUAUCUAUGGUUGAUAGGGAGCUAAUGCGUUAUUAUUAUUAUUUUUUUUUGUGGGUGGAAGCUUAUAUAUUUCUAAAUUUGAACAGAACAGAUUUGUACGUAUUAAUUAUGCAUCUCGAUUAUUGUGUGAAACCUUUUUCUAAACCAUAUCAUAUAAGUACCUAUGUAUUAGAACCUAUAAUAAUUGUUUUUACAAAGCCAUGUUGAUUUUUCUUCUAGAAAUAUAUUAUUUUUCGAUUAAAAAACAAACACAUUUUUCUAUAGAUUAUUCCCAACGAUUUUAGAUUCUGAGUGAAGCGUAGGACGUAUUGGUUUUACUAUAAUAUGAUGUGUUUUGUGUGCGUGUCUGAAAACAACUUUACCUGAAAUCUUGCACCAAUCAAAACUGUAUAGGAACAUUCGUUUUGAUCUACUUGGUGCAUUUUUUGAUUUUCCUUGAGGUUUCUUAAUUAAUGGGAAAAACUGACAAAUGUUUAUACGAGUUUUGUUGAUUUCUCACGUAACUAUACUGAAUGGCUUUUCCGGUUUUCUAUGUCGGGUUGUGGAAAUCACAUGUAUACGAGUUGAAACAAAUACGUUUAAAAAUAUCACUCUAAUACUAUUGAACGAAUUGUUUUUGAAUUUUCUUGUACCACGGUAAUGGUCGGUUUUGGCGAUAAAUAUUUCGGUGUACGCAUUGCCAUGCCUAGCAAAAUCUACACCCGGUAUCAGAAAAAUUUACCGAUAAGCAAUAAAAAAAAAAUAACUAAAUCUAUGUCGUACGUUUAUUGUGAUAAAAUUCAAUUACACAACUCUAACAAUUUUCAAUGGAGCCCCCUGCUGUCAUAGCGCCCGAUAUGUGGGCACCUCUCGCACCACCCUAGACACGGCCUUGGGUGAAAACAUAAUAAUUGCUUAUUAUUGAAAACUAUAUAUUAUAGGUACCUAUGCAAUUAUGUUAUUCUCGUCGUUGAACUCGAACACUGCAAGUGUCCACAGUAAUAUUCAAUAAUAAUAUUUCAUUAAAACGCCAACAGUCAAAUACCGUGUAAAUCAAUAGGGCGAUUUAAAUUACGGCUUGUUUUUUAAUAGAAAAAAAAAAAAAACCGUCGAUGGAAAACGUUUAAAAAUGACGUAUUCUUCGUAUUAUCUUUGUCACGCAAAUACUUACUGGAAAUUCGAAUCGAUUAAUGGAUUUAUUGAAUCCUAGUAUACUCGUGACACACUAUUUAUAUAUUAUGCAUUAUAAAAAUAUAAUAAAUUUAAGAUUUUACAUUAUAAUAAUAUUGUUGACAUUACGUCAUAAUACGAGGAUAAAGAGAAAACAACCGCCAACUGCGUACCGACAGUCGUGUUUUAUUUUUGUCCGCCUGCAGUCGUACGCCAUAAAAUUAUAGAUCGCAGAUAUCAAAAUUAGAUGCUCCGCGAUGCGUUUUCUUCUUCGGAUCUUUGCAAGUAAUAAUUAUUACGAUUUAUGGUGAAUCGUACGAAAUACGUACACACCUGCUUACCUAUAUUAUACGUCCUGCGUGUACGGGAAGAAAAAACGUCAUUGUUCUAUAGAACUUUCUCGUGCGGGUCGUAGGUAUAUUAUCAAAUUGUAUAUUAUCUACAGCAGGUAUACUGACGACGUGAUAUUAGUCAGGUGAAUAUGUAUCCGAUCACGUAGACUUAUUAUAACGAUAAUAAUAAAAAAAAAAACAUUACGACGACGAUGAUGUUGCACACCGCGAGUAUAUAAUAAUAACGGGUUAUCGUAUUAUUAAUUUUUAAUUAUUCAACUAUUAUAAUACUUAUUAUAACUAUAUACAAUAUGUACAGGAUGUCCCACGAACAAUCGAUUACCGUAAUAACACUCUCGUUCUGUUCAAUGUUAUUUAUUUAGUUGUUUUUUUGUGUAAUAAUUAUUAACGUCUUGAAAUAUAAUAAUUUUCCCAUUUUAUAUUUUGUCAUAAAAUAAAUAAAAAUCAAUUUAUUUUGUACAAAAUCAACGAUAUCCGUUUCCCAAAUUUUUCGAUGUUUAUAAAAAUCAUUUGCAGAAUAAUUUUUUACAGACAAAUUGAUUCAUCACAAUUGCAGAUAUUAUAUUUAAUAGUAACAAUGAAAACAAUUGAAAUUAUUUUAAACUUCUAAUAAUAGUAUCAAGUGAUUCGAAAAUUGGUCCGUGAAAAAUAAUUUUGAUUUUUAAUUAUUUCAAAAAAUUGUAUUAACUCAUUAGUUCGUCAUUCAUAAAUAUUUGAAACAUCAAAAUUAUGUUUAAAAAUAGCCAUAUUACAUUUUAUAAAAACAAUUUUUUGUUUCUUGUUUAAAAAAAAAAUAUAUAUAGAAAAUAAUGGAAUCGAAACUCAAGGCUUUAGUAAUUAUUAUUUAUUACAAAAAUCAAAAAAAAAAAAAUAAGUGAACAAAAGUUAUUGCAUUUGUUGAAUCGUCGUAGGAUACUCUGCGUAUAAGUGAUAUUGACGAUAGUGGUAAGCUUUUUUUUUUAUAUACGGAGUGAUCAACAAAACACUCAUUAUCUCGGAAAGUUUUAUUUUUGCGGGUUUUACCACUGCUCCCACUUUCGAUUUUAAAACAGCGACUUACAUUAAAAAUUCCAUAAUUAGAUGAAGUUUUAAAUAAUUCAUUUCAAUUAGGUAAUUUUUGAAUUCCGUCAACCCGUCACUAUUCUCUUCCUACCUGCAUAACGUCAAACUUGAAAGUGGAAUGUGUCGUCGGCGGACCGUCAGAAUUAAAACAUUUUCAACACAAGAAUGUAUUUAUUACACUUUGAAACUUCGUCCGUUUAAGGGAUUUCGAAUACAAAUUGGCCAGUGGCGUUGCGAAGUAUUUUUUACCUUGAUUCUCCGAUUUGAUUUUCCACUCACCACCUACCCACCGCAACUCAAAAAUAAUCAUCACUCUUCUAUAAAUAUAUUGAAAUUUAAUAAACUUCAAUAAAAUUCGUCAAAUUUAUCAAAUUUUCCGCAGUUUGAAAUUCUUUGAAUGACAUUUUUGUCUUGUUAAAACAAUUUUUUUGUUAUAUCUCUAAACACCUAGACACUCGACACCCACAUCCAACCGUUUUUUUUUUUUUUCUGAAUCCCCCCGUGAUUGAAAUAUACCUCCUUCGAGUCGCCCCUGCAAGUCACCGUAUGCGGUUGGCGCGUGCACACCCCGGGGUAGGUUCGAAAAUAACAGCGACGAAAAACUAGUAACGGUCGGUUGUUAAAUUUACAACGGGCCAAAAAGGGGGGAAAAACGCGGGGCGAAUUCCGGGGGGGGGAAAAAAAAAAAAAAAAAGAGAAUAGCGUCGGUAUACUCUCGCGUGGUUCGCGCAUACCCGUCGAUCACCCUGUACAGCAGUCGAUAACAAUAACAUAAUAAUGGUGUACCUAAAAUAAUAACAAUAAUAAUAUCGCGCGCGUGCAUAAUAGCCGACAAUGAAUUUUCGUUUUUCGGCCGUUACGGCGACGACGGCCGCGGUGACGAUAAAAACACAGUGUGCGGCGCGAGAGUGAUAAGCGAUAAUAAUAAUUGGGCCAGCGCGCGAGGGUGUGCAGCGCCGCGUAUAUAGGUGGGAGAGAGUGGAAUAUUGCCGUUUGCUGUCGCGGUCCGGUGUCGAUUUAGCACACGGGAACGGGAAAAGUGUCUUUGUCGUAAAUAACGCGGUAUAUGGAUUCUCGGGUUUAUUGGCGGUACAUUGCGCACACGGCGAGAACGUACAGUGCGAAACGCGGUCUACGGUUUUCUUUUUUUUUCGUUUCGUUUCGUUCUUUCCGUAAUUGUUCGUACGUUUUUUCACCCGCCACCGAACGCGUCCUAACAACACCGCGCCGCUACCUAACCGUGCGCCCGUUUCACCCGGCACCACGUAUACGCGUCCGCCCGUAAUAAUAUACUAAAACUAGUCGUCUGCUGUGUAUACCAUAUCGGUACAUAUAUAGGUAUCGUAUUACAAAUAUCCCCGCCGUGGCGCGUGAUACGAAAAGUCAGUAUACUAGUAUACGUGUGUUAUAAUAUACAAUAAUAUACCACCGCAGUUUUAUCUGUUUUAUCGUCGCCGUCAUGUCUUGUUUGGUUUACCCGGGCAGAGUAUCGCAAAAACUGUUCAAAAAACUCGGAUCCACGGUAUCGUUCGGCGAAUCCCUCGAAGAAGAAUUAGGUAAAUACACAACGACGGUAUCUAUACGCACAGAACGAUUCACCAAGCGAGCCCACUCCAUUUUUUUUUUUUUUUUUUUUUUUUUUUUUUUAUCAUUGUUAAAUUUUGCGUGUAUUCAAAUUCUGAGUUUUGGGGAUUUUCAAGUGUAGCUAAAGCCAAUAUUGUCGAAAACUUCAAAUUUUUCAAAACAUCUAAGAGUCUAAGGUUUUAACGGCUGCGGCGUUACCCACUUUGGUUUUUCAAACGAGAAUAUAUAUCAAAAAUAUCAUCAGUAGACGACGGAGUAUUACUUUGAAUACAUUUUUUGGUAACGUUUUUGAUUUCCGUCCAUCCGUUAACGAGAUAUUCCACUUUUAAGUUUAGUUGGGGGGUGAGUAGUGAAGUAUCAUUUGUGUGGCGCGCGGCAUUCACUAGUGCUCCAUUUAACUUUAACUACACUUAAAAAUUCCAAAAAUCAAAAUUUGAAUGUAUACAAAGUUAACCAAUAAAAUGGAUUGAGCACGCUUAGUGAAUCAUCCUGUAUGCAUUUAUUUUUAUCAUUAUAAAUAUUAAUAAUUACCAGUUGCCCGCCCAGCACCGCUCAAUCGAAUUACACCCAAAUUAUACUAUCCCAUACAAGGGGGCAAAGACACGAGCCAGAGUUUUUAAGCAAUACAAAACAUUCUGAAAGUUGAAUGGGAAGUCUACCAGUGUGUGCGUCGAGGUUAUCGGUUUGAUGUUUUAUUAAUAUUCCUUAAACGGUUAGAGCAAGUCCAGUCCAUGACGGACUUAAAUUUAACGUUUGUUUUAUGCGAUACUACAACAGUGGCGUUUAUUGAUUUGGUGGCAUUCACCGGGGUCUGUUCAAUGUUGCGAAAUGUUUCAAACAAGUCCCUGUGUUUUAAACGUUUUAUAUACGAACGUUCGAAAAUGAAAUGAAAAUAAUACACUUUAAAAAGUGAUAUUAAUAUUGAUAUUGUUCGUUGUAAUAUAAAUGAAAAUAAACAGUACCAAUUACAUUUAGAUAAAGAAAAUUUUCUCAAUUGUUAUUUCGUUCUUAAAUAAUUUUUAAAACAAACAAAAACUAUUUUUUUUUUUUUUUCAUGAAACUUGUCUUUAUCAAUAAUGUAAUAUUAUUAUCUCCUUAUAGUCUAGAGCUAAGGGGAUUUGGAAGCGGUGGUGAUUUUCUAUCUUCGUAUUAAAGGAAUUUAGACGUGUUCUAUUUCCCACGUGCCGAUUGAACUACAUAGUAAAGCGUUACAAAUUCUGAAAGCAAAUUCGAAUUUGUCGCCAAGACGUAAAUUAUUACUAAGUUUAUCGGACACUAUUGUAUUCUGAGUUUCACGGUGACAACCUAAUCUGGGUGUUAUAACUCGCAAUCGUAUAUCAUAAUAAUAUUACCUAUAUAGAUUUAGAAAUUCCCGGAGAGGGGGGGGGGGUUAAAAAUAAUCCCAACGAAUAGUAAUCGGAUAUCGGUUAGAUUAUCAGAUAUUAUCGGUCAGUGGUUUUUAACCUGUGCGUCGCGGCUCCCAGGGGCGUCGUGGCUUAUUAUCAAGGGAACCGCGUUUAUAUCAGAUAUAAUACUCGCAAUAAUGUAGAAAAUUUGUUUGUUUUAAUUUUUACUAUAAUCGUUAUUCGUAAGGGAGCCGUUAAUUACGUUUCCAAAAUCGGAAGAACCGUGGACCCCAAAAAAGGUUGAAAACCACUGGAUUAAAUCCAUAUUAUAGGUACCUGCAACAGCGUAUCGUGAUACUGUGUUCUAGAAUUUUCCGUCAUUACAGUACUGGAUAUUUCCGGUUUUUAUAUCCGCGCGAUUAAAUAUUAUUUCUCGUGGUGAAGUAACGAUGUAGUCCUCGUUUAAACAAUAGUACAAUAUUAUUAUUGUAUUGCAGUCGUAACUGAAAUUGUCAUUACAGACUUUGGUACGUCCUGUAUCGGAUUUGUGUAUAUUAUCACGGUAGUCAGUCGAGUGAAACGGCAGCGGCCCGUUUUCUCGGAUCUCGGCAAUAAUCGAAGGUUUUUUUUAUCAUAUUUAUCGACCAAUUGUUACCUUGAUUUCGUUUUUUUUUUUUUUUUUUGGUUUUUCAUAACUCUUAUAGUACCGCGGUUUUUCGAGGCUCAUCGAGUCGAACGCAAGGAUUUAUUUUAAUUACCCAAACUUAAAUUCGUAUUUUUUUUAGUAAAGAUUAACAAUUAUUGUACAGCUUAUUUGUCCUCUAUAGGUACUGUUCCACCCGUAAUACGUCUGAUUUAAAACUUAGUUCGACCACGGAAAAUAAAAUCAAAAAUAUUCAUUGCACGGUAAAUAAAAAGAGCUGAUACUUGUAACGGUUGCGGGCCGUAGGGCCACUGUUGUAGUGGGGAAGGUAGGGGUACAUAUAAUUAUUUAAUUUAUACCUGUAACCAACGAUUAACCAUUGAUAACGAUAAACAAUUCGGAGUGAAGUUCGGUUACACAUGUUUUGAAAGACCGUAAUAUUUACGAUUUUCGUCAAAAUUUGAUUUUAAAACUUAAAAAAAAAAAAAAAAAAAAAAUACUAUAUUACGCAUUAAAUUUUAUUAUUUGAAAUAAAAUUAAUUUGUUUUUUCCCCUGUUACCCACCCGACGUGGUUUUGCAAACAAACUUCUACGAAACUCUGGAUUAAACUUGUGAUUCCCGGGAUGACAUCAGGUACAUACUACCACUAUACUACGAUAUACAUACUAUAAAAUCGACAAUAUUGAAUCAUUUAAAAUAGCACAUAUAACAUAUUAGAACUUUAAAAAGCUAUGGUUUCCGAACUAAAUCAAUCCGCUCAAUUCUGAUCUCACCAUCAUUCUUAAAUCGGCAAUAGGUUACAUAAUAUGAUCAAAACAAAAUAAGUUGAAAAUUUUGCUUAAACCAGUAGCUAGAUUUGUUCCACAUAAUUUUUUACUCGGACGAUUUUCGUUAAAAUUUGAUAUUAAAAUUCCUUUAUAAAAAAAAAAUUCUACAACACUCAAUUUUUUUUUAUCACAAAAUACAAUAUUUAAGGAACCUCCUGUUACAUUUCCAAUCAUAUCACAACAAUUUUAUCCACAUAGUAACUACCGAAUAAAAAUUACGUGCAAAAUUAAAAUGUCUAUAAUUAGCUCAAUAAUAGAAAUAAUAAUAAAAACAUAAGCCGUACUAAUUUAAAAUAAUGAAAUCGUUGUGCUGAAUUUGGAAAAAAAACAUAUAUUACGUCGUUUUUGGUUUUUCCCAAUUAUUAUGAAAAAUACUUUAGAUAUCGAAAAACGACUUAUUUUGUCAAUAGCGAAAUGUUAUAAUUAACAAAAUCGAUAUUCUGUAAUUUUUGGAUUGAAACAAUAUUUUUGGUAAAAAACAUCGUGUUAACAUAAUAAAAACGGUAAUGCCGCCGCGCGCCAUAAAUAUUUUGUUUUACCUGUAUUUUUCUUUUAAGUUUUUCCCAAUUAUUUCGAAAACCCUUUGGAAAUUCGAAAAAUGGCCUCCUCAAUACACUAACGAGAGAAAAUUAUCUUUCUGAAAUGGUGCUAUAAUCCAUACUUCAAAGCAAUUUUUCUGAUACAAAAGUGAUUCACAGACAGAAAAAAAAACGCACAUUAUAGUAAAACCAAUAAGGAUCUAUUGGCUAUCCUCCGAAUCUAAAAAUAUUUAAUUAAGACAAUUUUUAAUUUUCACUUUUAGUUUUUGAGGUCCCUUAUUUAUAGGAUUGGUACAAGUCCGUGCAGGUUGCACACCCAAUAAUUGUCGAAGAUUGUUAGAACAAAUAGACAAUAAUAAUAAUUUUUUGUCAAAAAAAGUACCAAAAAGCAAUAUAUACAGAAGAAAUUUUAAAAUUUUAACGCUAUCCCGACAUAGAGGUAUAUUAAAGUUUCCAUGGACGAAUAACAAUACAUGUGUAUAACAUAUUACAUAUUAUUGUUCAUAAUUUUGGUGAUUUUCGUUUUUCGGAAUAAAAAUCUAAAAAAAUACUAUAUAUAAUCUACAGCUUCAUGGAUUGAUCCAAAAUAUAUGCGUCAAGAUGGCACCAGCAAAGUCUCGAUAAAUUCUGAAACUACACCCAGAAUUGUUCAGAUUUUGCUAGACAAUUUUCAUAAUUUUCCAAUAUUUAAGUUCCUUUUAUUCUCAAACAAACGUGAUGCCAACGUGACUGCGGCAAAUUCAUCGAAUAACAUUUGGUGGGGUUAACAAUUCCUGCUAGAUUAAGUGAAAGAAAAGAAAGUUAAUAUUUAUGAUUAAGUCCGUUAAUAAUAAUUAUUAACACGAACAAUAAUUAUUGCAAUUAAUUUUGUAGUCAACACAUUUUCAAAUUUCUCGAGAAAUAAAACAGUGCUGCAGUAAAGUGUAAAGGUUACGUAGGUAAUCUACGUUAAUUCUACAUAAUCGAAAUGCAUUACCGUUUUGUCAGGACAAUUUCAUAUUAAAAAGUUGCAUGCGUAUGUUAAAUUAUAUGUAAUUAUAAUUUCGACUUAUCAUGUUUAAAAUAAAUUACACAAUAUAUCCAGUUGCAUGGCAAACUGAUGUGUACUUUGUAAGAUGUAAUACAAUUCAAAAAUAGUCUAGCAAAAUCUGGCAAAUUCCAACAGUUAUUUUGAUGUGUCAUUCCAUAAAUUUGAACAAUGAACGUCGUGAAGUUGGCUAUGGCAUGAUUGUUUGCUAUAUAAAAAUAAGUGAAAGAGAGAGGGGGUCCGAAGGUCUGGACGAACUCUGAAUGAAGUUUCAGAAUUCGCUAACAUUUUUUGCCGGCGCUGACUUGAUACGUUCAAGUGUUCAUCAUACAUAAAACUUGUUUAAGUUAAUUUUAGACUCUCGCAGCUACUGGGGUUAAACUCUAUGUGAUUUUUUUUAACUGUAUUUUUGCGAGGUGGCCCGAUUCUAGUAUUAUUUGAUUAUAUAUUUUGAGGCUCUUUUUUUUUUUUCUUCAAAUUGCACCUGUAGACUGAGAUUAUAAUAUAAGCGCGAGUUGUUAUUCGGUUUAAAUCUCUGUCUAAAUUCAUUGCUUAUUUACCUGUAAAUGAUGGUGCCCCCUUUUUUUUUAUAUACACAAUACGGCGUGUUUGUCCCAAAUUUUCGGCUAUUCGUUGUUUACGUUUAAAAAAAUAUCAGUCACUCGUAUUCAUGUGUGCCUAUAAUAAUAUAGGCACGUAUAACUCGUACUAUCGGUAUUGUUGUUAUUUUUUUUUUUUUAAUGUUCUAUACUGUAUUUGGAAACAGCGGAGUGGCAUUUGUUUGAAAAUUGACUUUUUUUUUUUAUAUCAGUAGUUUUCGAUUUGUUUUUUUUUAUAUCGUUUCGUAUAAUAUACGAAAUUUAUCGCUUUUUGUGUUUGCCUGCGCGUCCGCACUCGCGUGUGUGUGCGCGGUGUGAUUUAUUUAAUAAUUUGUUGUUGUGUUCAAACGCAAGAGACCGCGGGGGAACCGUCAUCAUCAUCAUCGCAGCUGCUGCUGCAAUCAAUUAUUAUUAUUAACAAUUAUCGUAAUAUACUCAUUUGAUCUGUGAUUCUCGUUGGUCGCUGUCGUCCUGCUCUUGCUCUCAGUUUUUUCAACCAUGUUUAAUUGGCCGCGUCAAAAUUACGCGAACGCGUUCGACAUGCAGCAGUCGCGCCGCCGUGACCGUUCGCGUUCCCGUCGUGGUAUAGCAAACUACUCGUACAUUUUAUCGUCCGAAUCCAUUCGGAUCGGAUCGGAUUCCGAAGAAGGUACCUGUAUGCCAUUACACCUACCUAUAACCGUAUUAUACAAAAUAUGCAUGCGAAAUGUUCGAAGUACAAUGAUAAUUCGAUAAUUUUCUAAAAAAUAUUUUACGGUACACGCUUUUGACAUUUAAGAGGUUAGAUUAUAAUACUAUACGACACGGAGUAUCCGUCAUACCUCUGUUCUCAAAACGUGAUGUGCCUACAUACGUUGUAAUUUAAAAGACCCUGUAUACAUAUUUAUUAUUUACGUAUGUAUACAGACCAUUGAUUUUUCGAUAACAUAAUAUUAUAUAAUUUUAGUGUCGCCCCCGCCAUAAAACUAAAUCAAAUACGCCACUGGUUAUAGUUUUAAUCGUCAGAAAUUACCUAUAUAUAAUAUGUACGUAAUAUUUCGUAGGCACCUGGGAAUAAGAGCUUUUCGUUAAACGACCUAAAAACAGGUGUUUAAAAUGGCUGAUCAUUUUUGUACAAUAUUUAACUUACAUUUAACACCUUUUUUGCAAAACAAAAAGUGCAUCGUAACAAUUUCAGAAUACACCCACACAUACAUUUAUGUGAUUUUAGACCAAACAAUCAAGAGGAAAAACAUAAAUAUUAUGUAAACAAAUGCCAAUAGUUUACUUUAAAAGCUGCCCUCCUUCCUCCGGACCAGAGGAUAUCGACCGUGUUCUGUACAACGUCACGUUAUUAUUAUUAAAGAAAGUUCAAUAUUAAACGUUAAACUAUAAUUUAAUUCAAAAUCAAUGCAUCUGGUAUUUUCUUUGGGAAUUCGAAUUCAAUAUGUUGUAUUAACUGUGUUCAAUUUAUUAUUAUUAUCGAAGGAUUCUUCUGUUUUUAUAACUCACAUGAAAUUUACAAUCAAGUUCGUUAUGGUUUCAUUACACUUAAUUUAUAUGCGUAUAACUCUUCCUAGUUUGGAAAUAUUAUUUAUUCGUCGGUUUAUUUUUCUAGACAGAUUUUCGUAAGUUUUCGAUGUCGUUACACGAGCAGGUACACGUUAUAAUACUCUUGAAUGAAAAUGAUAUGAAUAAUGUGUUUAGAUUCGGUAUAAAAUAACGAGACGAUACCGUCUAACGGAACGGUGUAAUAAGCGCAGAAACUGUUGUGUAAUACCUACGACCGAAACGUUGGAGUGAUUAUUUUGUUAAUAUAAUGCAGGAAAGUCGAGUCGAUUGAAAUCAUCCACCGUGUUCAGUAAACGUGAUCAGUACCGUAUUUCCGAACGCGGUUUUGACGUAACAAUAUAUGCAUUUACCGCUCGUUUUUACAAAAAAUAUAAUAAUUAUUAACUAGAUAGGUAUCGGUCAAAAGUAUUGUUUUAAAAUGUUGAUUCAAAUCUCAGCGGGCAAUGAGGAUUUUAUUAUUAUUUUUUUAAUAUAACGUAGUUAUAAUUGUGUUUUUUUAUCCCGCGGACUUGUACGGUUAAUUUCGUUUUUCGAGUUACCCGAAAAAAAGGCUAUUGUAUGCGGUUUUCAGCUCAAAGUCGAGAUGUACCUAUUAUAAAAAAUAAAUAAGGUAAAAAUUACGGUAUUCGCCUCAAGUUAACAGUAGAACGUUUUCACAUUUUUUUUUCUACAUUUUCUAUGGAAAAAUCGUGUCAAAAGUAGUCGUGCAAGCAAAUUAUAUAUAAAAAAAAAGAAAAUCGAAAUAGCUAUAAUUUAGGGAAGCGCGAAUUUAUUUGAUGUGUACAUUGGCACAAACAGAGGGAAGAAUUGGGGUUUUAAGCUCUCAAAUCGAGUCCUAAUCAAGUAAAUAUACUAUAUAUAAGUAUAUACAAUCAGUAUUGCAGGGGCUUAACUUCCUUUGAAAAAAAUAUUUAUACUAUUCAUACCUAUAUUAUAUGUGUAAUAUUAUUAUAUAUUUUCGUUUGGCCAGGGAACAAGGUCUCAAGCCGAUUUUUGGUAUUUAUUUUUUAAUAAAUAAUAAUGUUUCACGUCAUAAAAUUCUCCUUAUUUAUUUUAUUUAUCGUAUGGCUACUAUUAUAAUCUUAAUAUCAAAAUACAAAUAAUAUAUAAAUAAAUAUUAAUACAAUUAAUAUUUUCUCCUUCAUUUUUUCGUCUAAAUAAUUGCACAAGUUAUGUAUAUUACGUGUUUUCAAAAUUAAAUUCGCUUGUAUUGAAAACCGUAUACACAAUUGGCUCAAGACCUUCUUGCCCGGGGCCAAAGAUAUGUUAUAAUAUUCAUCAAAAAGUGUUCAAUACGAAAAAUGAUAAAAAAAAGAAGAAAAAUAAGGUACUUUAGUGUAUCACAAUGUAAACGUGUAUGAAUAUUACGUCGAUAGUGAUAUUAUUAUUAUACAAAGGAGACGAAAAUAUUAUUAUUAUCGGUUUAAACUGCACAUCUAAUUACCUAUAUAUAUUAUAACAUAUGUCGUCAAUGUAUAAUAUUAUAAGUAUUAAUACCUAUACGGAUUGUUCAGAAAAAAUUUUUAUGUCGUGCGUUUUUUCCGUACAGAAAAAUUUAAUCGCCGUCAUUAAAAUAUUAUAUUAUACGCGUGUGAGACAACAAUAGUCACUUAUUAUUAUUUGCCUCUGUGCUCUGCUCUGCUCUGUCCUCGCGAAAAUAUUAUUAUAUAGGUACGUUUUUUUUUCCUCUCUUUUUUUCCACUACAAACCACAUGCGUUCUAUGGUUUCGUUCGUUGCAUUACAAUGAAUAUAUAGUUGUUUUUUUUUUUUUUUUUUUAUUCGUAUACACAUAUAUAUUUUUUUAACGUACGCGUGUGCGUCUGUAUGCCGACAUAUGGAACGGGCGAUAAUUUUAUAUCUGUUGCGCACGACCCGUGCCAGUCUUCGACUGUUAUUACGACGUUAUCCUGCGUGCGUUGAUGGACUCGUGGUAUACCGCCGAAAUAGCUCAAAUGGACGACCUAAUCAGUAUAUUAAAAUCGAACGAUACGAUGUUUUAUCGACGGCAUAGAGGUACUUACAUUUACAUACGUUUAUUUUUAGAUAAUAUGUACCGGACUUCUGUAUUAUAUUAUGAAACCUAACGAAAAUCGUCAAUCUGCACGGAUUUAUUUAAAAAAUUGUCGGACAUUCUGUUGCGCGUUUGAGAGCCGGCAUAUUGAGCGCGAUUUAGUUUUAAGUUUGCAUUACUGGACGAGAAAUCGCGAGGCGAUGAAACACGAACUUGCCAUAUUUUGUCGACUAAUCUUCAGACUUCGAUUUCUAAAAUAUCGCCGUACACCUGCUUACAGAGAUGCCAUCAGAUAAUAAAAAUAAUGUACGCGCAAAAUUGGAUAAUAAUUUACUAUCUAUGAAGUUAAUUUUAGUUUUCUUCUAUUGUUAUAUACCUACCAUACUUACAAACAAAAAACAAUGAUUCGUGAUUUAUAUCAAGUAUAACAGAGUAUACCAUCGCACGGAAAACCCGCAUCUCGAUCCAGAAUUUUUCACUAACCGAAAAAGUUCUUUUCCAAAAACAGAUUUUUGUAUAAGCUUCCACACUCCGCUCAAAGUCGAAAAAAAAAAUUGUAACUUUUUAAUAAAAACUGUUGCAGUAUAUUGUUCGGUAGUUCGUAUAUAUUUUUUCCUUGUUGCUUUUGUAGACUUUGAAGCGGCUCCCGCUGGAUCAAACAAGCUCAAACUCGGUAAUUAGAGUUGUUUUAUAGGCCGAUUGAACUGAUUGAAGUGAUAAAAAUAUUUUAUUUAAAUUUAACUGUAUGAAUUCCAUCAUGUUGUUGCAGAAGGGGAGAUGAUUUUUCGAACUUCGAGCGCGCCCACAGGCCAUCCCCAAAUGAAGCUAGAGGGAUGAAAUUUUGUAUAAUACGCCAUUUGCACUGGGUUAUCGACUUUAAACACCCGCCAUUGGUAUUUCACCGUUCUUUUAAAUUUAUUUUGUAUAUAGUUUUAGCAUUUUAGUGUAUAGUGGUGUAGUACUGUUGUAUAGCGUUCGUGUAUGGGUUGUUUCUGUAAUACAGAAUAUGUGAUAAAAGGCGUGAGGGUGGAUGUGGGAGGGGAAUACUCGACUCUAGUGACGGAGCUCUGCUGCUCACGGGUGUUUUGUAUACGUUAUAUAGAAUAUAAGAUUCUCCAACAGUACCUAUAUAAUAUUUUAUUAAUUUCGUCGGCACGUAAUUUAGCGUUACGAUUUCACUACGUUUCCCGGUCGAAGAUCUUUGACCUACAUCGCCGAACGCUACAGAAUCAUACGGUUUUACCUAUACCUACGUACAUGUAUUAAAAUAUUGUUGGUUUUUUGCCUAUUUUGCAAUAAGGAAAACGUAGAAAACUAUAUUUUGAUGUUAUGCAAUAAAUGCUAAUAGUAUAUUAUUAUUAUUAUUUGAAGUUUGUCUGGGCGCACGGCGCCGCGCUAUACAGAGUGCUCGACAUAACGCGUGGGACACUGACCGGAUAGUGUGCAGGUUUCACUCUCGAAAAUAAAAUUGACGAAAAAUAACUGAAAUGUUACUUUUUAGAGCAGUUUGUUUCUUACGUGUUUUACAUAUGCAAAAAAGAAAAAAUGCCGAAUACUAAACAACGAGUGUGUUUUACGAUAUCGAUCACUUCGUAUUAUAACGAUUUUUGAACCGAUGAAAAUAAUAUUAUUCGCUGUAUGACUGGAAAAAAACCGCCGUCACGGAUAGAACGUGCAGGUUUCAUAUUAUUAUUUUUUUCGUUUUUUUUUUUUUCUAACUUUCAUUUGGCAAACAAACAGAUCGUAUUUUGCGAUACAAACAUUGGCAAGUAGGUAUCGCGCGAUAUUAUUAUUUAAACGUCGCUGGUUCAGGGACUACGCUAAUAUUUUAUUUCCCGACGUGACUCGUGGUCGGAAAAAAAAAAAUCAAUAACACUGACAAACCGGCAAACAAAGACUUUUCGAAAUUCUGGAUUAUUAUAUUGUUUAACCUUUGAAGUAUUCAUAGACAAUAAAAAAAAAAAAAAAAUAUCCGAUACGUUAUUUUCAAACCAUUGUUGUUCCGUCGUUUCCGAAAACUCCGGGUAACAUAUUAUUCUGUUUAACGAUCGUACGGACGACACAUUUUUACAAGUGACUGAUCGAUUUUUGUUACUGCGGGCUGCAGUAACACUGCAGUCAUCGUGUUUAUAAUAAUACAAUAAUUAAUACCUACUCCAUCAUUGUGUCGAUUACUUGGUAUUAUGUUCAAAUAGUCCUUAUUAAGGACGUUUCCCACUCACAGUUGUUGUUAAUCAAUAUUGUUUAUUUUCCAUCGUCACGUCAAUUGAUACUUGUGUUUCCCUUCCUCCCCCCCCUCCGCCACCCCUGAUAUUUAUCACGUUAGUUAGUGUGAUACUCAAAGUGGCUCGAAAUCGCAAAUAUUUUAUUUGAUUUCGGGCGUUUUUUCCCGAACAACGAACCCUUCGGUUAAUCCGUGUCUGUUAUACAAACUCAAAUUAAGUGCCUUGGGUGUUAAACAAAUCCGCUCGGGUACCGUGUGCGCGUGCGCGUAUCGUAUUAUUGCCGUUGUCAGUAACACAAUAUUAACGUAAAUAAAAUAAUCCUAUAUUUGAUUGCAAUUUCAAUAAAUCAUUACGAUUUCAACGGGGUCUCUAUUGAUUGGGGCGACAAUAACAAUGUGCUGUAAAUAACACGUACGACCUACGCGUAAUCUGCGCAGUGUGCGACUGUUUUAUUCAGCCAUGCAGUGAUAACGUUAGAGUGAUAACCGAUGAGUAGCCAAUCGCGAUCCGCAGUAAACACAACAAAAUGUUGUUACGUUAAAACGCAAAACUCUCUGCUAGCCGCUAAGUCUGUACUCUGUUUUAUUGUAAUAGUUACUUCUGGUACUUGUAAUAUAUUCGUGUCUAUGGUUUGUACUCUUAUGUAUAGCCGUACAGGUAACUGAAAUAUUUCAACUUUCGGAUUUUUCGUUUUUAUAAUAAUGAUUACUUUGUGGACCCGUUGAAUAUAAUAUAAAUAGGCCCACAGUACUCUACUAGUUAUUAUAUUAAAUCUAUAGUUCCAUAUUGUUUUAUUUGUCCCUUAUGGGCCAUAUGGCCGUACUAUUGUAGACCGAUGAGUUGUGUGUUAUAGUCGUAUAAUCUAUUCAUCUACUUACCUAUAUAGUACCUAUAGAUGGACUGUACUACUGAUACAGUUACAGAUAAUUUAUUAUCUACUAGAAACUUACUACAAGAAACAGGUACCUACCCAUAUGUAACAUACACUCGAAUCUAUCAAUUUUUCCAAUCGAAUUUUAUAACUAACACUUAAAAUAUUAUAUUUUUUUUCUUUUACAGGAUCAACCGAACACAACAGUCAGUUGUUUGAACGACCGCCAUGGCAGAAACUCUUAUUGAUAUUUUUCGCCGAACUCAUUGGCACUGCAUGUUUAAUGUUUUUCGGGUGUAUGGGAUUAGUUUCAAAAUCCCGUGAUGGUGAACUCAGCCCUUACAGCGGAGCCAUUUCGUUUGCUUGUGUUGUCGCCGUUGUUAUCGUUGUAAGUAUUACACUAUUUUAAUAUAUUAUGAAUUUUUGUACAUGUUAUGUUUAAUGUAGAUGUCUAGUCAAUCGAGUGUUACAAAAUGUAUGUAAUUUUUUUUCACUUUACUCUUAGAUGAUUGGCCACAUAAGUAAUUGUCACAUAAAUCCGUGUGUUACAUUGUGUGCUGUACUUUUGGGCAAAUUACCGCUUAUAACAGCCUUAGUUUAUUUUGUAGCUGAAUUUUCUGGAGCAUUAAUUGGUUAUGGAACUCUAGUGGUAAGUAUAUUGAUAAUACAGUAUGAGGUAAUAAAUUAAUGUAUAGAAUAUAAUAUUUUGUAUUUAUUUUAACUUACAGGCACUUGCACCUUACAAUAUAUUGGAUCCUUCAGAGGGAGUUUGUGUGACAACUCUAGUUUCCGGAAUUACUGAGACGCAAGGACUUUUGAUUGAAGCUAUUACUACUGGACUUUUGAUGCUUCUCGUUUGUGCCGUGUGGGAUCCCCGGAGCGGGAAUGGAGAUUGCGCAUCGUUGAAAUUUCUUGUUAUAAUUUUCUUGACAUCAGUUGUAGUCGUAAGUACCUACUUGUAUAUUUUGUUGUUCUACUAGUUUCGUGAUUAUGUGUUCCUAUAAAAUAAUAUUAUAGAUGUGGAUUAGAUAACUACAUGGGUGAAAACUGAUAAAAAAAAAAAAUAUGUAAUAUACUAAUAUUUAAUUUUUAGAUUACAAUUCUUUAUUCUAAGGUGUGCCUUGUUGAAUCUAUUACUUUUAUCAAUACCUAUUAACUAUUAGGUUUAUCAACAUAUUUUUUAAAAACCUCUGUGUGAUAAUGUUCAACAGUUUUUAUGAUAAUAACUUAAAAUUACCUAGAUAAUAGGUAAUAAUUUUAAAAACAAACAGUUGCGUUUAUUAUCACAAUAAUUUAGUAUUUAUGUUGUUGUACUUUGUAACUUAAAUACUAUUUCAAAAUCUUUUCAAUUAUAAUUUAUAUCAGUUCUGUUUAGCUUUGGGCCAUAAAAUAUUUUAUAAAAAAAAAAAAAAUAAGAAUUUUUUUUUCAAUUACUUAUUAUUUUGUUACUCUAUAGGGUCCUUUUACUGGAAAUAGUUUGAACCCUGUGCGAUCAUUAGCACCAGCAAUUUACAAUAAUUCAUGGACAUCGCACUGGGUAAGGAAAUACAAAUUUUAGUACAAAUUUAAUAGUAUAUUCAAAUAAAUAUAUUUUUUCUUUAGAUCUACUGGGUCGGUCCAUUUUCCGGCACAAUUGUAUCAACGCUUUUCUACAAAUAUGUGUUUAUGGCACUAGAUAGCGGUGAACGAGACAAAUAAUAAAGCUUCCAUAUGCAUGAUUCAAUUUGACACAUCAGCUGUGUUGAAUUACAGUGUCCAUUGUGUUGGUGUUUUUUAUGUUAUCAUUAAAGUCAAUAUAAAAGUUUGUAUCCUAAAGACUAUGAAUAUUAUGUGUUGUGUGCGUACACACAAUAAUUUGUAUAAGACUACUUAAUUACGUUUUAAUCUUUACCGAAUUAUUUAGUCUUUUAAUUUUUAUAGUUCUGUUUUUUUUACUAUUAUUAUUAUUAUUAUUAUUAUUAUUAUUAAUAUUAUUAUUUAUUUUGUUAUUUCAACUGUACAUGCAUUUUUUUUAUACUUAUACAGUAUACUAUUAAGAAAAUUCAUUUACAAUUUCGAUUAUAAACAGUAUUAUGUAGAUAUUUAUUAAAGUAAUAAGUUGUAUAAUAAUGAACAAACUUUUGGCAAUAAUAAUAUUAUUUUUUCAUAAUACAAAAAUAUUAUAUUAAUAGAUACUUCACCCCAUGGUUAUGUAUUUAAUAGUAUAAUUUUGUUAUGUUUUAAAAAAUUUUAAAUGUUUACAUCUAUUACCAAGUAAAUUCUUUUUUUUUUCCGGAUACAUCAUUCGAGUAGUAGUUAGAAUUGUAAUCAUAAUAGAACAGAAUACCCAUGUUAAAAUAAUAAUAGUAAAAAUCUAUAAUUGUUAAGUUAAUUAUUUAGUAUAUAAAUUUGAAGUAUCAUGACAUUGAUGAUGACAUAAUUAUAAUACCUACUUUAUAUCUUGGCUCAAUGAGUGAUCAACUAUGGUGCUUAACCUAAAAUGUCUAUAUUUAUUUUAUACCAAAAUAUACAUUCUGUGUACCUAUGUAUAUUAUAAUAUUAUUUAAUAGUAAUAUUUUUGAAUUUUAUACUGUCUAACAUGAUACUAUUUGUGAAAAAUUAAUUAUGUUUUACUAUAUUUUUGAAAUGUUUGUGUAAUAUUUUAUUUUAUUGAUAUACUUUUAUUUAUUAUUAUUAUAAUUAAUGAUAUUGUUUUUUUUUUCACGCGUAGAGGUACUUUUCAGUAUUCUGGUUAAGUACCUAUAAUUGUUCGUAAACAUUGUUAUACCCGAUCGUAUUUGUAUACUCGACUUUUACUCAUUGAGUUAAUUAGAUAUAAUUAGAGAUACUGCUAGUGCAAAAAAAUUUUUAAAAAUAAAAAAAUUAUUAAAGCUCAGAUCUUUAUGACAUUACAUUAUGCUCCUUUAAUUUAUGAAUCCUAGAUUUCAAAAUUAAUUAAUUAAUUCGAAUAUUGGAUAUUUUACUAUUUUGAAUGUUUGUCGCUUGUUUCUUUAUUGGAAUUUUAAUUUUAAAAAAAAAAAAAAGCAAUAAAAAAUGAUAAGAGUUAUUAUCUGUAUGUAUUAUUAUAGUACAAUACUUUGAUUAUUAAAAUAUACAUUAUACAAAUGUACACUUAUAUUUUAACUUGUUGAGUCAUUAUUAUUCAGUGUGUUCCUCGACAAGCUAGAUUAUCGAUCAGAUGAACAAUCUAAUGGAUUUAAUUGUAUCUCAUCAAAUUUUAAUAAUCCGAUUACUAAUCAAAUUGCUUCUCUAUGCAUUGGAUCAUCAUUCAACAAAAUAAUCGGUUUGCUAGACAAUGGAAAUGUGUUAUCAAUAUUUAACCAUAACGUUUUUUCCUGUUUUAAAUUUUAAUAUGUUCAUUAAAUUGAACACCAAUAUUAUGUUUAUUUAAUAUAAUAUAAUACAUUUACAUAUUAUCAGGUUAACAUCUAUUAACAAAUAAUUUUUUAGUUCACGUGAAAAAGAAUUCCGCGUUUUAAUAUAAAUCGGUAUUCCUUAACAUUUAAUCAGAUGAACAAUGAGGUGUUAUAUUGAAUAAUAAUCGAGGUUAUUGAGGAACACGCGGAUUUUUUUUGUACAAUCAAAUUAAUAUCAUAUUUCUCUUCAAAACAUUUAAAAUAUUUUUUUUUUUAUAAUAAUUAUUAAAUUUGAGUUAUACAUUUUUAUUAUGUUAAACAACUUUGGUGGUAAUUAAUAACAAAUUACAAUCAAGCUAUAUACAGAGUGAUCCAUUUAAGUGGGUACACUCAUUAUCUCGAAAAGUAUUAAACUUUUUCUAGAACAUUUAAAAAACAACCAGCUCUACAAUUUUAUAUUUGUUACUUUUUGUAACAAUUAUUUUUGGGUAUAAAACCACUACCUACUUUUGAUUUUCAAAUGGCAACCUAUAUUAAAAAUUCAAUAAAUAGAUGGAUUAUUAGUUAAAAUAAAUUUAAGGGUCGAAAUUAUUUAUUUCUGUCGAGCUGUUGAUGAGAUAUUCCACUUUUAAUUUUAGGUUUGAAGAGAGUAGUGGUGCAUUAAUAGCACGUCACGUGCCGUAUUGCCACACAAAUGACACCACACAAUGACACCCCAAAAACUAAAGGUUACAAAAUGUAAUAUAAAUAUAAAAUUGUAAAGCAGUUUGUUUCUUAAUGGUCUAACUAUUUGUUAUAAAAUUAUAAUAAUAAAUAAAAAUUUGGAGUAACUAUUAUUGCAAUUUUUAAUAAUUUGUUAUACAUUAAAUUGUGUCAUCAAAGUUCUUUGAGCUAUAAUAAUUUUAAAUAUAUAGUAAUAAUUAAAGAUUCUUAAUCAGACAUUUAGUGUUUGCUCAUGUUAAACUUACACGCACGACGAUAAUUUUUUUUUGACCUAUGAAGUAAAUAUUUAAUUAGAUCCCUCUAUUACUUGAAGAAGUAGAAUUAACCUAAUUUUGAUAUUGAACAAUUUAAAUUUUUCUCAAAAUAAUGAAUAUUAUUAGUAAUAAAAAUUUAACGUAUGCGUAGGAUGGUAAAUGUCAAAUGUCACUAUUUAUUUUCAAAAUAUUGGAUGAAAAAUGGUCACCAAAAUAUCGUUCAAGCACGUCAGUUUUUAAUUUACAUUAUAUAUAUUUAACGAAUAAUACAAUUUCCAUAACCAAUGAGCAUGUCAAUCUAAUUUAUUGAUACAAAUUGAACUGAAAAAAUAACAUUUUAGUAUGUUAAGCGAAACUAACAAAAUAUUAUGAUUACAUUUUUUAAUGGAAAAAUAAUAAAUAACCUGUAUUUUACUUUAAAUUAUAGUUAAGCCAUUGUAAUAGAUGGGAAGUUUGAAAGGUAGUAUAUAGGUUAAUUUAAUUUGUUUAUUUAAAGUAACGAUAAAUUAUUGCAAUC